AUGGUAUUUCCAGACUACUACUUCUUUGCUGAAAGACGUUUGGUAAACCAUACUAUCGAAACAAGAAAAGUCAAGAACUUUGAUGAUUGUGAGCUUUUGUGCUACUUAAACGACAAUUGUGUUAGUCUUAACUUCAAAAAAGAUCCUGACAAUAUUGACGCAGUUCACAUCUGUGAACUGAAUAACGCCACGCAUCUGACAUAUGACAGUGACUUGACUACUGAUGCCAAGUUUUAUUAUCGUGGCUCGAAGGUGAGUUUCACAUCGAUUUUUCUUGAGAUUAUCGCCUCGGAAUAAUAUAAAAACAAUUAUGAAUGUUUAUGCAAGUUUUCGUUUAUUCGAUCAUUAGUUAUUUAUUAUUCGGUAUUUAUCCCUCCAUCUUUCUUUCGUCAUUUAAUUUUUUUUUUCUCCUUCAGAACGCUUGUGACAAGAAUUCCCUCUGCCAAAAUAACGCAACUUGUCAGUCUGGAUUUACGCUCAAGGGAUAUCGAUGCUUGUGUCCUUCCGGAUUCGAGGGAGAACGUUGUGAAAUAGGUAGAAGUCUUAGUCAACACUUGAAAUGACGUAUAUGCGAGAUUUUGUCGGAUUUUCAAUGCUGGUAUGAAAACCGUCCUUCAGUUGGUGAAAAUGGCGUAAAUUUGUCUCAUUGUAUGUUGUGCUGAAUCUUUCCAAAAGAAGAUUUCUUACUAUAGUUUAUUGAGCGUGUGUAUUGUUUUCUUUGCUCGCUCGUUUGUAUAUUUUCGUUUUGUUUUGGUUUGGUUUGUCUGCUUGUUUUCUGUUUUGUCGUAUGCUUGAUAGAGUAAUUGCAAGGAGAGUUGAGAAAUAAUAGCUUAUUGAAAGGUCUCACCAGAGAGCCACUUAGAACAAGAAGCUUUAAAUAACUUGAGGUUUUUCGAAACUGCUAAGUUCCUAUGGCUCUUUGAAAAAAACCGAAAUGCUUAUAGCUUUAAUUGAUAACUUAAUUAUUUUUUUCUAUGUUUCUUUCUAAUUUUACGACAGAUAUUGAUGAAUGCGUUGCAACUCCUGGCAAAUGCCACAAUAAGGCUGCGUGUAAUAACACACACGGAUCAUACGUGUGCACGUGCAAAUCUGGAUAUAUCGGAGAUGGGCGGAAUUGUACAGGUACCGUCAAUAGUCUUAAAAGUCUUUAGAUUCUUGUUGACAAGCAUAUCGAGUUUUCUUUAUGUACGACAAUCUCGCGUUGAAAAUAGGUAUGGCUUGCAAUCUUUAACACGGUAAUGGCUUAUGCACGGUAAUUUUUGCAUAAUUUUGAAAUCCCAUUUUUUUUAUCUCUGAUCUCAUAGAAGUUGACGAGUGUAAAGGGAACCACUCUUGUCACAAGAAUGCAAACUGCGCCAACACCAUUGGAUCACAUGUAUGCAAUUGUCAGCCUGGAUAUACUGGAAAUGGACAAAAUUGCACAGGUGAAUUUUGAUAGAUUUUAUUUAAAUUAUAGAGAAGCCUUGACUGUGCUGUGUUCUGUUGCGAAGCACGCAGGAAUCAGUUUGAGCACGAAAGAAAUGUAAAGAGAACAUGAAACGUAAUCGAGGAGGAAUUUCGUCUCUGCUCAUGUUAUAAAUUACAGCGUUUGUCAUGUUUAGAAACCUUAAUUUGGUUCUUCUGUUGCAACUUGCCGGCUCGCUUGUUCCGAAAUUUCACUUUUGAUUGACGGAAAAGCUUGAGAGAAGUUCGGGAAAUGGUCAGACAUGGUACAAUUUGGCAGACGGCGUGACAGCUUUAGCUCAGCUCCAUGCUCCGAUAGAGCACGCUCAUUCAACUAAUGACAGCGCGCGUUAUGUCCGAACUUAAAUCGUCUUUCAUUGUUGUAAAUGAAUAUCUUCGAUGCUUUUAGUUUCUUUCUGCCGUUGGAUGAACCUUACAAUAAUUAUAGACGACGACGUGAAACAAAAUCGCAAGUUUUACUUUGAAAUGUGCUAAACGACAAAAUGUAGAUGAUGGGGAAAUUUAAUUGAUAUAUAGUUUCAAACAAAACGUUAGCAAUCGGUGACGUAAUUUUAUUGACUACUCGUUGAAAUUUUGCCAACUGCUGUAUAACUAAAUAGAAAAAAUUUAACCUUGCAUGUAAUCAAUAUGCGUGCUCGAUAAUAACAACUUGAAUAUACGUUCAUAUUUUUUUGUAUCUCACCAUCAGGAAGGCUGACUCUUUAUCGCUUCAGGAUGUCGUUGAUAUCCGAUUUUUUUAGAAAAUCUUUUUUUUUCUGGAAUAAAUAUUAGUGUCGAAAGACUACGAAUGUUAAAUUUUGUGUCAUCAAGGUUCAUUUAUCUUGUAAUGACAAUUCUACUAGACCUGUUCUUUGCGUGCGAGGGUGGUCUGUCCCCUUUAAAACAGUCGGAAAUCGUUGAUCAAAAUUUGCAGGUGACACUGUACAAUCUAGCGUCACAGAAUUUUGUGGUAAACAAUUUUUGAAAUUGUUAGAUUUAGUGUGACACCAAAUAAGCCAAUGGCAGUGCGCGCCCGUUGCAUCAAAUAUCUAACUUUGCACUGUGACGCACAAUAUAUUUUUAGACAUGGACGAUUACAAAUUGGAUCUCUGUAAUCAAUAACAAAAUACAGUUAUUUCUCCCAAAGAUGACAAUUUUGUUCCAUAAUUGGAACCUGAAAUUGUUUGCAUUGUCUUAUUAUUUUACUUUACUUUUCUUACUAUACUUUACUAUUAACUGAAUUUUAAUUACAGCACGUCGUUGACGUCCGAUUUUUUAAGAAACGUUUUGCCUUCUUUUUUUUAAACAUAUUCAAAUAUUACUAUUACCAAAUUUUGUGAUAGCUAGUGUUCUCUAUCUCCUUGUGACAUUCUUUGCAGUUUGAUUUUGACGUAAGAUUAUGUCCUCUUUCAGACAUUGACGAAUGCAGUGAAGCUCAUACCGUUGAAAUGAACAAAUGCCAUCCGAAUGCCUCUUGCACUAAUACUCAGGGCUCUUACUACUGUUCCUGUCAUCCUAAAUACAUCGGGGAUGGUUUAAACUGUGAAGGUAUGUUUCGUAUUUACCAUGCCAUUUAUAUCAAACUUAAUUCCCAUAAGCGCGAACAUUUGCUCUCAUUAGCGUCCAGGCUGGCGCGGACAAAGCUUUCCUUACUGCGCUUGCGCAUUAGAGUAUCGAUCGCAUUAGUGACAAUUCACCACGUUGGAAUCUUUGGAAUCCUCUAACGUUAAUUUUCAAUAAAGUAAUAAUCCAGCUCGUGAUAAAAUAACCUGACAUAACAUGUUUUGUCGCGUCAUUUGUCAGUGAGCCUCUUGGCACCAAAACCUCCACUUCUCCUCUUUGCUCGCUGAAGCUUUGGACACAUGGUCCCAAUCUUUUUCCUCAAGACAUUUGUUAUUCGAUUGUUGACGACGAUACCUCUAAUGCCCGUUUGUUGCGUGAUUUUCUCCGCAACUGCAGCGAAGGUAGACUCGCCUCUUCCCUCUCCAUUCUCUUUGGCAAUUGAGUAGGGAAGAUACCUGAAAAAUUGAAACAAAAUGUUAGUAUUGUAUGAAAUUCCGUAUCUCUGAGAACAAAAGGAAAAAAAUAAAAUCGCCUAAUUUAUUCAUGAGACUACUUACUAGUUAAUACAUGCAUGUAAACGAAGGUAACGAAUGGCUUGAAAAUCUUGCUUUUGGACCCUCUGAUCUUUUUGCCACGGCUUUUAUGAAUCCGCAGUAGACCAGAAGUAAAGCCGGUGAGCGUGCUCCAAUUUGAGUGGCCAUUUGACCCAUCUACCUCAGUCGCAAAUUAGACGAAUUAUAUACCAAAAUAUAGAAAUUUCUCAUUCCAUUCGACUGUGGCGGUACAAAAGAGAUUCGAUCAUGCGCGAAAGAGCUAAGAUCCACUCUUACGCGCUAACUGCAGUACGACACUUUGAACGUCUUCGAAAAUUGCCUAAUCAUAAUUUUAAAAAAAAUUAAUUUUGAUCCAUUAAAUUCAAAGCUUUGGUAUUUCAAAAUAGCUUAUUAAUUUGCUUUAAAAUUUGUCCUUAAAAUUUUGUUGGUAAAUUUAAUCAUUAUCAAAACUUCUCUUAGCAAUCGAGCCAAAGGUUCCAAGUUUGGUGUGUUCUUGAGUCAGACAGUCGUGGGGGCGUGGUCGCCAAGACUUGAUAUAGACUUUUGUUAACUGUGAAGUUUGAUGUGAACUAGUUAUGUUCUCUAUAAGUUAGACAUAAUGCCAGUUUUUCGUAUGUAAACUACGUUAGCUACACCUUUAGUUUUCCGAAAGCCCUCUUUUAAUGCGCUAUUGAAGAAAGAGGAAACACACAUUUAGAUUCUGCUAUCUAUAGUUAUUAAAUUUUAUUUCCCGUAUUUAUAGAUUUUGAUGACUAUACUCGUGUCAUUUGACUUUGCAGUCGAUCCUUGCUAUGAAUACAAAAAUCUGAGUCAUCGUAAAAGAAAAAGCAAUUACAAUACUCCCGAUAAUGGAGGGGGGUGUGAUAAAGGACUCGAUGGAUGGUAUCGUUUUGCGGGAGCAGCAGGAACAAAAAUGCCAACAACACGUGUGCCAGCAUACAGGUGUAGUACAACCUACUCUGGCUGGUUGAAUGGUGCCCAUCCUACAGUGGAAGACGGUGAAGUUCUCCGGGAGGUCUGCUUUAGUGAUAAUUCUAUGGGUUGCAAACACAAUACCCAAAUUUCUGUGAAGAACUGCUCAUCCUACUAUAUCUACAAACUUUAUGGGCUGUCGCAAUGUCCUUCGCGCUACUGUGGCACAGGCUGAAUAUGCAGAGAGGAGUUUACGUAAUAACAGAAUUCAUAGUCGUUGUAUUUUAGGGAAGUGGCGUCACGAUCCUUAAUAUUUUGCUAGAUUUUUACGUUGGUGUCGCCUUGUAAAUGCUAUCAUUAAAAAAAGAAGUCUUAUUUGGAAUGACAAUAAGAUUCAUGACAAAAAAAAAACACAUUUCAGAAAACAGACGUGUCAUUCUCGCUGUAUGAAUUAUCGAAAAGUGGGUUAAUAUAGUUUUCAAUGCGGUCCAAUUCUGAAAUUUUAUAUAACUUAUGUUAGUACCUUUGGCUAUUACUUCUUUUAUUAUCCUUAUAUCUGAGCAUGAUGUUUCCUUGUAAAACAAAACUACAAUCAAAGAUAAGUAGGUAACGGUAUUAUAACUUAAAAAGAGUUGUAAGAAAGACUCGAGAGUCAUCAAGAAAACAACCUGCAAAGUUUCGGUGUCAGAUUUAUUGACAAAGUCGAACGAAAAUUAUUCAAUGCUUUCUUUUUAAAACAGUAGCAUCCAUUUAAGCAGAAGAGCUGUAAAUAAAUAAAUCCGUCACUGUUCCAUUACUUACAAAAACCAUUAGGGCUUGGGAAAAGAACCCUUCAAGGGCAAGUGAUACAGAUUUGAUAAUCCUACCAUACUUGGAGUCAUAACAAAAUUUUACAUAAUUUUAAAUAAUUAAUCUAAUAUACCUAUGUCUCUUAGAGAAGAAAACUUGAGAAAACAAGAAACCAUUUGAUUAGUUACGGUCGUUAUUGGUUAGACUCGGCUCAGAGAGAAGGGGAUCUUAGUUCAAUAUGAUUGGAAAGACCACAACUCAUUUCAGUACGACAGUUAACGUUGGGAUUUUCGGUGGAGUCCAAUUAAGUCUGUAAUCAUACGAGUAAUCAACAAAAUCCAAAUUAAUCAAAACUAUGACAAAAUUGGAGAAAGAAACUGGAAAUCGGUAAUACGUUUUCAUUAAAAAAAACAAACAAACAAACAAAAAACAAACAAAAAUAACAACACAACAACGCAUGCACAUGACGCGUUCGGUCCACUUACACAGGUAUUAUGUGUUAAUUGUCUCUUUAACUGUCCUACUACACUGUCCAAUUACAAGCAUGACGCGCACGCUGUCCUAUUAGUGCUCAAAUUGGGCUGGUGAUAACCGUUCGCGUUCGGGAUUUUUGUUCUAGUUUUGGUUGGAGAAUUAAUAGGUGAAUGAAAAAUCUUUAUUAACAAAUCGCGGUCGUUCGAUUUUGUUAAUCACUCGUAUGAUUACAGACCGAAUUGGACUCCAUUGGACCCUAUUACCAUUAUAAAAAGGGAAUAAUAAAAAAGAGGAAAGAAAAAGAAGGAAAAGAAGACUGUCCCAGGCAUAAUUCAAAUAUGGAGUUCAAGAAAUCGUCACUUUUGCUUUUCUCAACGCCUUUGCCCUACUUCCUACAAUGGAAUCGUUUAAAAGGGAAAAAAAUUACAUCAGAACAAAGAAAAAACAAAACAAAAACAAAAUACAUAAUGAUAACCCCUUCAAAUGACAAAUGUUAAAAAUCUGUCGAUGCCAAAUUACGUUCUAACACUUCUUCUAGUCAUUUCCUCUUUUGGGGUUCAUUACCUUAAUACAGAAUCUGCAUUACCUCAUUAAAGGAGCGAUGCCAGCAAAAAUAAACCCAUGCAAAUAAAAACCCAUUUUUGAUUUUUCUUAGGAAUUUAUGCGCCCCCAAGAGGUUCUUCAUAAUAUCUUGGUGUCCCCCUCUUCCACUGUCUUAUCUGAAACGAUGAGGGAAAUGCCGAGUUGGAGUUGGGGGAGGGGGAAGAACAGCCGAGGAACACUACAAUUGUCCAAAGACUACUCUGCCUUAAGUCAGUCUACUCAUCAAAAUAUUAGUUUUUCCUGGGGAUAGGUUUUUUCUCGCUAAGGGUUUUCCAAACUUUUAGCGUAUCAAGAAAAGCGGAUCAGUUGAAAGUUGAGCAGACUUUGUUUAACGAUUAACAAUGACCGUAUAUGGCUACUUUGGAACAAUGGCGGAAACAGCUUUAAAAUACACGCGGGAUUUUUCAAAAUUUCCGAUUAUCAUACGAGCGGCAGAUUUAAACCAUCGGCAAAACUAAUGAUACGACAAAUCCUCCCCGUGGGGGUGAUUCUGGUAGAUUUUUUAGGAUGCAAAUAGUCACGGUGGGGUGGAUGGUAGGGCGACUGUAGCUUUCGUAUCUGAAGUAAAGAAAUGUUACCGUUUUUUCCUUUACAUUGCUUAAAACUGGCGAAAGAUAUAUUCAAUUAGAGGCUCACUGUGCGAUACAAAGGUGAUGAGAGCAUGUGUAACCUGGUAUUAACGUCUGAAGCCUACCACGCCAUUGAAUCAUGUAGAAGACUAUCUUCAUUUGCUCGAUUGUUUAAUGUGCGGGUAUUUAAAUUUCGCGCUGCGUGAAUGAGAUUUUGUUCCUGAUGUGCACAAAAAGGUUCAUAUUCUCCUUCUUCAAGCGUGUGAUUUAAACCUGGUAAUAACGCCCGUCGUUAAUUCAUGUAGUUUUACGGGUAUCUUUCUCUUUCCGUAUUUCAAUUCAACGAAAGGAGUUAAAAAAAAAACAAUGAGCGAUUGGAAAUAGUUGCACACUCUUGUCAAUUUCUCCCAUUCGACUCGACUGUUCAAUCCGAGUACAAUUUUUUUUGUGUUUACACAAACCGACAUCUAAUUGAUACCUAUUCAUCCUUUUGAUUGAAUAUCCAAUAAGCAGACUCAGUCUGCUUUUUGGAUAUUUUUGCACGAUAGUUAUUAAUAUUAAUAACAAUUACUUUUAUUAAAAAUCUUAUCAUUAAGGCAUCUUUUUGACCCCGAUUUCAAAUCUUUUAGUUCGAUCGUUACCAACAAAUUUUCAUUCCAGGUUGAUAGAUAACAGACUUUUCCCAUAGCUUGCUUUUGUCCGUUAAGACCUUGCGAGGUCGCCUUCCAGCAGAGGGAUGAUUUUCAACCUAUAUCUGGUAUCGCGGGGGAGGCUUAACUUCAAAGCUAGUGCCCACACGUAACCCACCGACCUCUUCAAUGGCUCCAAUGGCUUUGUUGUGAAAACCUUAGGGGGUGGGGAGGGUAGGUUUUGACAUAUCAAUCGCGGUAGGGGGGUUUUGCUUUGGCUUAAAACUGGACAUCUCGGUUGAGUUCUUCAUCUUCAGGCUGAAUUUUUUUUCGAGGCAUACAUAUAUAGUCUAUUCUUGCGGUAUAGUGCCGAUGCGUUUGCAGAGCGUGGAGUAUCUGAAAGUUGGACAAAUCAAUAAGACAUUGUUAACGCGAUCAUCAGACAAAUUUUAUAUAUAUAUAUAUAUAUAUAUAUAUAUAUAUAUAAGUGAAAGAAUAUAUAAGUGAAAGAAUCAAAGAGGACACAUAGAUUCUCUGUUUUAUAUAUAUAUAUAUAUAUAUAUAUAUAUAUAUAUAUAUAUAUAUAUAUAUAUAACUAACUGCAGACAGUACUGUUUCGGCCUUCUGGGCCUCAUCAGUGCAGUGCUGAUGCUAGGAUGGAGGUAAGGCUAUAUAGCCACCCCAAGUGAUCUCAUACAUGUGGGAUCAUCUAAGCCAUGCCAGAGUGCUCAAACUAGAAAAACUAGUGAGCAUGCAUAAUGCUAGCAGCAAUGACUCAUCCUAGUAGAGUGCUCAAUUUGGACAUGAAAGCAAAGCUUUGUAUGCCAAAGAGCUAUAUCUAACUGCAGACAGUACUGUUUCGGCCUUCUGGGCCUCAUCAGUGCAGUGCUGAUGCUAGGAUGCUAGGAUAUAUAUAUAUAUAUAUAUUAAACCCCUGAAGAGUGAAGCGAUUCACGAAACAGGCUUGUUGGGAAAUGUAGUUGCGUCCUUUUUUCCUCUCAUAAUAUUUAUAUGUAUAGAAUAUAUAUAUAUAUAUAUAUAAGAAAUAUGUAAUAAGUAUGUACGUUCCCUUUCAGACAUUAACGAAUGCAGUGAGGCUCAAACCAAAUACCGAGCAAAUGCCAUGCAAAUGCCUCUUUUAAUAAUGCUCAGGUCUCCUACAACUGCUCUUGUAACCCUAAUUUCGUCGGUGAUGGUUUUAUUUGUGAAGGUAAAUUUUGUUUUCUUGUUUUUCAAGGCGGAUGUUAGAUAAACUCGGCCUAAAACGCAGCUGCUCAAAUGGCAAUGAGUUGGUCCUACGUAGGCUAUGCUAUCUAUGCUUUGGACUGGCGUAAAGUUCUUCUAUUGUGCGCUUCUAGAGAAAUAGGAAACGCAAAUUCAGGUUUCCUUCUCUCCACAAAAUUAAUUUUCUACGGGUUCCAUAUCACGCUAUUCGCCUCUACGACUAAACAUGUCCUAUAGAAUUCUCGUUUUUCGUGUUAUUAAUUACAUAAUUGUUGAGCGCUACAUCCGAUUGUGAAAAAAGACCUGUAACCGUUGAUCGUCAUGAUUAAAUUGUUUUCAUAAUUAUCACUUACCUUUGUAGCCGAUCCUUGCUAUGAAUACAAAAAGGCCUAAGUGAUGCCAAUAGAAUGAGAUGCUACGUAACACCCAGUUAUCUGGUGCUUUGUGACGACCAACUUUCUGAGGGAUGGUAUCGUUUUGUGGGAGCAGAAAGAACAAACACCCCAACAAACCAUGUGACGCGAUUCGGAUAUGGUACACGUUAUUCAGGCUGGUUGGAUGGUGCUUAUCCUUCAGUAGAAGAUGGUGAAGUUUCCAAGACAAUCUGCUUUACUUUCCCCCUACAUCUUGUAAAGACACAAAGAGAAUUUUUGUGAAGAGUUGUGGAUCAUACUAUAUCCACAAAUUUUUCAAGCCUCCAGGCCGUGAACGCACUACUGUGGCACACACUAAAUGUGAAAUAAAUAAUUUAAUGAAAUUAGAGGAUUUGCAAAUCAAUCUGUCGUUUUAUGCACUAAGAUCAGGGAUCGAACAUUGCUUGAUCGGAAAAGAAAGCGAAGAAACCUUUCCCUUAGGUGAACAAUGUCUUAGCUUUAAGAAAACCGACUUUUUCUUUUAAAUAUCACCCAAACUUAUGUAAACAAAAAGUUCAAAUUACGGUUCGCUCUAAAUUCAGGCGUGAGUUUGCAUAAUCUUUCAUGGACGAAAUCUUUAUGACUUUCAAAGAUCAAAACCAUUUUCUAAACUACAUCUGCUUUAUCUUUAUCCACUUAGCAAACAAAGCUUUCCAAAUCACAGUCGAAACACCAGACGUAGUUCACUUCGGAUUUCUCGAUCUAUCCUAGUUUCUCUGACCGCAUCCAAACAGGUUUUACUACACAGCUUCCAUCUAAGAGUCCCAGUGGAACGUGACGUAAAAUGCGUCACGCGUUACUAGGAAACAGUGCUCAUACAUAUGCACGAACCCCACUCAAGUGGGAUUCGCAGAAUUACACACUUUGUCGGUGUUGAAGUCGUCAUGUCCACAAACAUUUCAAGCCUUCAGGCCGUGAUAUGCGCUACUGUGGUUUAAACUAAAUGUGAAAUAAAUAAUUUUAUGAAAUAAGAGGAUUUGCAAAUCAAUCCGUCGUUUUAUGCACUACAAAUUUCUGUCACCCUAUGAAUCUCACUCCUACCUACAGGACAGCCUCCUCCUAUGAUCGUAAGACCAUUUGCAAGUUCUCAAAAUGAAUUUUCGUGGAAAACUGUGGAUAAGGCCAUACCCAAGAAACUUUAUCGGCCACCUUGUCGAGUGUCGCGCUAUUUCGCUACUAACUGAAUGAGAAACAGUAUGUUUCACCAACUAAAAGGAUUUAUGAAUCUAUUAGCACUUUCCAGGCACUUUGGGGAUUUGAAGGAGUUUUCUUUUCAUUGAAAUCAUUAUCUACACCCGGAGAUUGUUUACGCUGGUGAGGUACUGUUACAUCGACGUAUCAAGAAUGCUUUGAAUUGUGCAUUAUAAAGAUUUAAUUUGUGAGAAACACAAAUACUAAACGGAUGACAAAAUUAAACACGGGAAAAAGAAGAAAGAAAGGAAAAGAAAAGAAAAAUAUAUAGGAGUGAAAUCCAAAACAAAUAGUGUAAUAUUCCUCCCUAGGAAUUGUUAUUCAUGAGAUGGUAAUAAGGUAUGAAGAAUCGCUCUGGCCGGAAAGCCCAAGCCAGGCGAAGGGGUGAUGGUGAGACGGAUCAAUCCGACCGGGGGUGGGGUGGGUGAGAAAACGCUUCGAUGCGCAGAACACAGCCCAAGGCCUCAAGUGAAGUGACAAGGAGUGAUACAAAACAAUCUAUUAUAUCCAAAAUCCCUAGGGACUAAUUACCAAUGCUAAUUGAGUUAGCAUAGUGUAAUAUUCCUCCCUAGAAAUUGUCAUUCAUGAGAUGGUAAUAAGGUAUGAAGAAUCGCUCUGGCCUUCCCAAGCCUACACCCACACUCAUAUGAAAUGAACAAUCACACACCCUAAGAAAAGAAACACAAAGAACUCUUUAAUCCUCUUUCCAAUCCUUACUUAAUACAUACUAUAUCUAAUCAUUAACAAUAACCUAUAUUAUAAUAGUUCAAAACUUCAAUAAAAUAAAUUCAUGAAAAAGCUUGGGAGAAUCCCACAAGAUGAUCCUGACGUUUUUAGUCCUGCCCCGCUUGUAAAGGGAGAUCCGCUAGUUUAGCCGCCGCGCCUGCUGGAUUCACUACUUGCUUAAGUUUGAUAUAGUGAAGCGCCGUCUUACUAGAUUUCCAGCCAAUGUGGUCCAUGAUUUCACUGAGACUUACGCUUCGCAAUGCUAAAGAUACAGCCGCCCCACUGCGAAACCAUGAACUGUUAAAUGACUACUAGAUAACUUCCCAACUAGCGCGGAAACAUAAAAACUCAAUCGCGCUUGAGCCGCCGAAGACUCCAAAUGGCUGAAACAAACUCCGCCAGAUUUUGAAAUAGAGCGAAAAAGGAAACCUGGCGCAAGGUUAAUACGUAACAGCUUACACACAUCAAAAUACAUUUCCAAACCUUGGACAGGACAAAUCAAAGGAUUAGAUCCCCGCUUAAAGGCAAACACAUUUGCGUCACCUGACCUGAGAGACUUUGUCCAAACAUGAUUGAACAACAAACCAGAAUUAUCCGAGAAACGUAAAACAUCAGAUACUUUUACUUGUAACAAAUCAGCUGCUCUAUCACCAGAAAAAAAUAAUGCCUUAAAUAAAGCCUGAUCGCGGGCAUACAUAAAAAUCUGAAUUGCGCGCAAAGUCGAAGAAUGCAACAAAAGGGUUCUAAUGAAUUCAGAGAUAACCAACAAAUCGUUCACUAAGAUAGGCUCUGCCUGGCGUGGAGUUACCCUAGCCUUUAGUUGUUCUUCCCGCACAUUACUCAAAUAAUUCUUAACUGACCUACAAGAAGCUGGAUUACCUACACCUAACAAAGACUGCCAUUCUGCGCCUCGACCACUCUCUGCAAAUAUAGCACGCAACUUGCCAAUCAGUGAAUCUAUAGUCCCAAAUGCCAAACGUUUAGGGCACUCACAAUCUAGCCCCGCAUUACCUCCCCAGGUGUGACAAUCCUGUUUAUGAACUCGUGUCCUUCCCUUUCCAUCCAUCCACACAAGGAACGCAAUAACAUCCGAAGGAAGCGCUGACGACAAAGACUUGGGGACUGACAAGUUUCCCAGAAAAUUUAUAAACUCCAAUUCCAGAGCUGAUUUCUGUUUAGAAUAACGAGACGAACUACGUUGCUCAUUCAACUCGCGUACUCGUUGGGCAAUGCUGCCUUCAUCAAUAUCCAAUUUCUUUAGUGGUCCUUGGAUUGUAGUACGUCUAACAUAACCACAUUUCUGACAGAAAUUGAAAUCCUCAUCGUUCGGAUGUGAGCAUCGUGGGCACGCAACGCAGGGAGUGAAUAACUUCGGAACUCUAGGCAAUGUCUGUAGGGAACAAAAACGAAACAAACAAUGAGCCCGACUCUACACCUAGAACCGAGACACGCGAAACGCCCACAUAGAAAAGGGACAAGGUGUUGGACUAUAACCCGACUUUGAUGGGGAUAGCAGAACACUCAAGUCACCCUGUGUACCAAGACAAAUUUUCCCAGAACACCUUGCGUUCAAUUCAACCCAACAAUAGCGAUGAGGAACAAACUCUGGAACCACAAUAGUGAACGGGAUCUUAAAACUCAAGAGAAACUUCAACAGUGGACUAAUCAAAGAAAGUGGCGGGAAGACAUAAGGAUUGGACAUGGACUGAAAAACCCGCAAGUCUUGACUGAAGACAUUCACACCGUUGGAGUCUGGGUUUGGAAAAGGAGUAAAAUGCGGCAAGGAAAACCCAUCUUUGUUCUUCAUUACAUUUGAGUCCAAAGACAUCAAGUCAAACGAAUGACCUUCAACUCCACCAAACUCUUUAUCGACCCUCUCAAAAGCUGACAUUGACAAUCUGGAAUCCACACGUGACAUUGUCCUAGACGGAAAAUCGGCCACAUUUUCCUUAGAUGGUACAUAGGAUAAGUUCAACUGAACAUUACGAGAAGAUAGAACAAAAUAAAGUCGUUUUGUAGCUGACGUUAACUGGGGGGAUCUCCUACUACCAGACCCCUGCCACGCACCUAAUACUGCCAUACUGUCAAUAGAAGCAUCAAUUCGGCAAUCCUUAAUUCCGUCAGGAAGAGCUUUAAUAGCAUACAACAAAGCUAACAUUUCCUUUGUAGAAAUAUCGAGACACAGUUCCUCUUGACUCCAAUAAUCUCGAAAAGUCUGAUCAUCCGAAGGUGAAUGAACUGCACAACCCCACCCAUAACCGGACGCAUCGGUAGAAAUCGCAAUACGCACAUGCUUCUCGUCUCUCCACGGAAGAGUGUCCUUCCAGUCGUCAAGGUAACGCCAAUGCGAAAUUUCCUCCCUCAAAGCGUCGGUCAUAGACACUUGCCCAUCAUCCAAGCCAGAAGCGAUCGCUCUACUCAUUUCUCUAAUGAACAAUUUCGCGGCUGGAACAGCUAAAGAGAAAGAUAUGCAUUUCCCCUGAAAUCGUUGUAAAGUUUUGAUCCAAACAUUUUUCUUGCAGGCAAGAAUUUUCUCCCUAAUUAAGGCCCAGGACUCAAUCUUACGGCGCGGCACCAAAAACGAUUGUCGAACGGAAUUCACGAUCAGACCCAAAUACCCCAGGGAUGAGACCGGCACAGGAACCGACUUCUUGAUACCAAUGGUAUAACCGAGAUCCAGUCGGUCGCAAGAGCUCUCCAUUUAAGCGAUCGUCUAUAUAGAGAGAACAAGGAAUCCCUUGAGCUCUCAAGAAACCUGUGGCGGCCAGACCAAUGGUAUGAUAAACAUAAGGGGAGAUUUUCCAUCCGAACGGAAGAGUCGUACAAACAAACCACAGGCCACCAAAACUAAACCCAAAGUAUGAUUGCGAGGACUCUGUCAACAUCACGUGAUCAUACCCGGACUUGUCGUCGCACUUGGUCAUGAACGAUCCGGGGUAAACAUACCUAGUCACUUCACUCAGUUUAUCCAGGGAAAACGGCAUAUCUUUCAUCCAAAGGUUUAGAAACCUCGCGUCAAGACAAAGUCGAGGCUUCGUAGGUUCAACCGCGAGUGGCAACACAAGAUGGGGGGGAUCAUCGACACCCACUACUCCCCAGACUCUAACAGCGCCGGUUAAAACACGAUUCCGAAUCUCCUUGGAUGUAAAUUCCGUAAAAAUUUUUACAGUUUACAUGAUUCGGGAAAAUCUUCUUAGGUGGAACAGUAGACGAAUAUUUAGCUCUCUUGAAAACUCCCGCAAAAGGCCUUGAAAAACUUAAGAUGUCGACUUUAUUUCUAAUCCAAUCUAGAAUACAGUUCCUCAACGGAUGACCCUCAAGUACCAGCUCCCAGGCGGCUGAAUUACGGUGAAGACCGCCUGCCACAAAGGAAUCCGGAUCCCUUAAAUGUAAAGUCCCGAGAUCCGGAACCUUACCAGAUAAGAUAACACUUUCCCAACACACAGCCGCACCCCCCUGAACGGGAACCCAAGUCAUAUCCACCCAUAGGGUCUCGUUUCUUGGUUUAAUUGCCGUUGUCUGUAGUUGAAAUUCCUUAAGAACGUAAAAGUUAUCCACAGCAGCCUCACGCUUAGUACCACCCAAAAUCUAAGGAAAAGAGGGCAAAAAGAGAGAUCACCUAUGGGAAGACCUGGGGUUCCCGAUCAGGAGGGAGCAGCCUCAAUUCGCCUGAAAACAGGUCGUCUGGUGGUCACCAUAUGUGAUGAACCAGCAGGAGCUACUCUACCCCGAUCCAGAAAUUACAAGAGUGAAUUAAAAUUGAAACAACAACAGACACCGAUUGACACAAUGAAAAGGGAGCCUUGAAUGCCGAGAAACACACGGCAUAAAUACUGGAAACUGAUAAAAAAACAUUGGGAAAACGCCUUAAUCCUGUCAAUACAUUCAUUAUUUUUGAGGUGCCUCAACUCCUUGAUUAUAAAGGCGAGGCCUCUUAGACUGAGGACCUGGCUGUGGACGCGAGGAACAGAACCUCUGAUAAUGCCCAUAUAGGCCACACUGAAAACACUGGACUUGUGAUCUAUCCCUGCCCCUCCCCCUUGGCAUGAAACGAUUUGCACCAACUCCAGGCACUCGCAACGCUUUAUCUAAGGCAGCAAUCCGCUUGAGUACCGCUUCAUCCUCCUUAUCUCCUAAGAGGGCUUCAAGAUAGCGCUUAAAUUGCAUGUUUGAGGCCCACAUUUUAUUUUGCAUUGCUGUUAGCACUGCAGAAUAAAAUCCAGCUUUCGCUUGUUUUGUUUCCUUGGCCACAAUCUUCAGAUUCACUAGGUAAUCAAUUGCCUGGUCCUUCUGGAACAACGGAGAACGUAUUAGGUGCUGUAAAUCCUCCAACACUGAUUCAACAGAUUUCUUUUGGGAAUCUUCCAACUUCUUAAGUCUCUCUAAGACACGAGCAAGAUCACCCUCCUCCUAUAUAACAGAAUUCAAAAGGCAAGAUAAAAAAUCACUGAUCCAUUCAUUUCCUUUCUUUUCAUUACUCGAUCUCAUGACUGAUCAAGCACAGUAUAAUACAGGCUGAAAAAGAACAACACCGAUUAGAUUACAAGUUAUGAAAUAUUGCAUUACAUUAAGUUAGAUUAAAUUAAAUAAAAAUUAAAUUAAAUUAUCAAAACCUCAAACUUCCAGCAAUAACGAUGAACGCUCCUAGCCUCACAGGCCAAAAAAUGUCUUAAAAACACACAACGGCAGAGCAGUCUUUCUUUCUUUUUUUUUUUUACAUACCGUACAACUAAAAGCUACUACACGUAAGCUUGCACAAGCAAAUGAACGGCGAAUGAUGCUCAGGCAUCACACUCCAACGAAGCAAAGCACGGCAACAGAACUUUCUAUAUCAGCAAGCAAUUUCUUAAACGAGGGGCUACAAAGUAAAAUUCAAGCCACAAAAACAAAAAAGGCUAAAGGAGAAAAAAAAAUUUAUUCUUGCGCGCCAGCAUCACACUACCACAACCGAAGGUGAACAUAAAGCAUUUCAUUCCAAAAAGCAAAAUACCGAAACUAUUUUCGACCCCAGAAGCACAAACAAAAAAUUUUUAAAUGACAGUGCAGACAAAGAAUCUUUCACGGCCUCGCAAGCAAAGAAAAAACUUUGAUCCCCGCAGACAAAGAAAACUUUAACAGCCCCGCAGACAAAGCAACUUUCGCGGCUACGAAGACAAAGAAAAUUUCUCGGCCUCCUAAGCAAAGGAAACUUCCAGGCAAAUAAAUCCAAACGGCCUCUCAGGCAAAAGAAAAAAAACUUCCUACACGGCCCCACAGGGGACGAAAACUUCAACGGCCUCGCAGGCAAAGGAAAACUUUCUGCACAGCCCCGCAGGCAAAGAAACUUUCACGGCCACGCAGAAAAAGAAAACUUUCACGGCCCCGCAGGCAAAGAAAACUUUCACAACCCCGCAGGCAAAGAAAACUUUCACAGCCCCGCAGUCAAAGAAAACUCUCACGGCCUCGCAGGCAAAGAAAAAACUUUCACGGCCCCGCAGGCAAAGAAAACUUUCACAGCCCCGCAGUCAAAGAAAACUCUCACGGCCCCGCAGGCAAAGAAAAAACUUUCACGGCCCCGCAGGCAAAGAAAAAACUUUCACGGCCUCGCAGGCAAGUAAUUUUAACGGCCCCGCAGGCAAAGAAAAAACUUUCACGGCCCCGCAGGCCUGACACAAUUUCACAUCUACAGAAAGUAAACCAAAUCUAAACUCUACCGAUAAAAAUUAGCCACUGAAAUAUAAUCAAUCACAUGGUAUCCGAAACAGAAGAAGAUGCAUACCUCUUGAUUCUGAGCUUGUUGUGCCAUAGGUUGGUCCUGAGCUUGCUGCGCCACGGCAGGUUGGCCUUGAGCAGGUUGAGGAUUUUGAACAACUUGAGCUAUCGCUCUACCGGCAACGGCUUGGGGAACUUGUUCCGCCAUGUCGGAUUGAUCCGUCGAAAAAAGUUAUAGAACGCUUCAAGCAGUACACAGCCCAAGGCCUCAAGUGAAGUGACAAGGAGCGAUACAAAACAAUCUAUUAUACCCAAAAUCCCUAGGGACUAAUUACCAAUGCUAAUUGAGCUAGCAUAGUAAUAUUAUUCAGCAUUAGACCGUCCUUUUUCAGAAGACGAUGGGAUAGUGCCACUAGAUUUUAUUGGCAUCUUUGCGAGUGUCUGUAGAAUCCGACACGCGUAAAUAAGAAGUCCCUGAUGCAGGUAUCGCUUGUGAAAACAGACGCUUGCUGAGGUUGCUAACAAAAAUGCCUUCCUCCCGCCUCUCCAUUCAACGAGGUGUAUAGUCCUCCUCUUCUCGGCUUUAAGAACGCCCUGUUUGACAGCGAUAUGCUAAGCUGAGAGAUCUUGUGCUCAUGUUACCAAUGUGUCUGUGUUGAUAUUGCAGGCUUUCAAGUCUCUUUUUCACAGAUCUUUGUAGCGUAAAUGUGGGCUCCCUCAGGGUCUGAGGCGCCUCCUGUGGAGGAUGGAGUACAUGUCGUUCAUGUUGACGCGUUGGACUUCUGCGUUUGACACUUUGUCCUGCUACUUGAUGCGUAAGAUACGCCACAGGCACUCAGGUGGAAGCUGUUAGGUUUACUCUCAUGCAGUAAAAAACUGUAACCUUGUAAAGCUGCAAUCACAAACAUAAGUUCUUGUUUCAAAGUUCAAAAGUCAUAACGGCUAGGCAAAGAAAUCCGAAUAAAAUUAUAAUUUAGUAGCAACAAAAACAAGGAAAGUUCGAGCAUAACCCACCAGUUGGGUACAUUGCCUUGAAAACCUGUACAUCCCUCGCGAUUCGGUUUAACAUUGCAUAUCACCAGUGCAGCUGAGGAUGGCAAAGUCUUUAGUUAAGAUCGCCAAAUGAAGAUCGAAAAAGGGAAUGAAUGACAAUGAUCCAUGAAUUUUAACACUGUUGAAAAUUACUCGUGAUCUUUAGUUAUUUGAUCUUUCACGGUGAGGAUUUAUUAAUACAAUGUAUAUAUUCCUUAAUAUAUUUCCGAGGCAAAUCUCAUAAUGAUAGAGAAUUUUCAUUAACCUUUACACCCUUGCAAGGAAAAUUUGUCUCACAACCAAGUGCGUGUCUACUUGAUGAUAAUUUUCCUUAAUUCUGUGACCCUAAUGUUUGAUUCAUGGUUAAUUAUCCAGUAAUCACUUCCGAUACGUGUAAACCAAAUGCAUGCAAACAACUACGAAUGUUUAAUGAUGACAUCCGAUGACUUUAAUCGAAUGUUAAAGACAACUCAAGAAUUCUUCUAUCUUCUUUAGAGUAGUUUGAUAUUCACGUUGAGGUAAAUUUUAUGUCAAUUGGGCACCUAAGAAUCUACAGAAUACGGAAGCCCACAACUGUCACGGCAAAAGAAAUAACCUCACGGCAAAAGAAAGACUCACGGCAAAAGGAAGAAUCUUACGGCAAAAAGAAAAAGACUCAGGGCAAAAGAAAAAACAAUGUCCUCACGGCUUAAAAGAGAGCGUGGGGCUGGGACGAGUUUUCAAGGUGCACCCUGAGAUUAGAAAAUGCGUGGAAUACUUCGUUUCCCAAGCUGCUGUUAGACUGCUCUUUGUCGGUAAAAAAGUUAAAGAAAAUAUAGUUUCUUAUAAAAACCUUUCUUUUUCCACAGCCUGAACAGUAGUUAACGCCUUCCGAAACUUGUUGCCCACAGUUGCGGCAAAAUAUCUUUCUGCCCACCUCAUUCAUUCGGAGAUGGCGGGAAGGGAUGAUCAACCGCUGAUCCCUUUACUGCAUUUUCUUAUCCCAUGGUGCACCUCAAAAACUCGUCCUAGCCCCCACGCUCUCUUAUAUGCCGUGGGGACAUUGUUACUGUUAUUUCUUUUGCCAUAUGGUUAUUUCUUUUGCCGUGAGUCUUUUACUUUUGCUAUGAGGUUUUUCUCUUUUGUCGUGAGUCUUUUACUUUUGCUGUGAGGUUUUUCUCUUUUGUCGUGAGUCUUUUCUUUUAGCCGUGGGGUUUUUUCUUUUGCCGUGAGUCUUUUCCUUUUGUCAUGGGGUUUUUUUCUUUUGCCGUGAGUCUUUCCCUUUUUGUCGUGAAGUUCUUCCUUCUGCCGUGAGUCUUUUCUUUUGCCGUGAGUCUUUUUCCUUUGCCGCGAGGUUAUUUCUUUUGCCGUUACAGUUGUGGGCCACCGUAACAGAAUAGCACAAAUGAUAUUCAAAUGAAAAUUUUGUCUUUUUUUUUUUCUUUACCAGAGUGAAAAGAGUUGUGCAAACCUUCCUUAGUUGAACUAGGGGUGAAGACAAAUGUGCAUGAUCUUUAUUUCCUUCCACCCAGCGUUACGGAGGGACCAAUCACACAUUUUUUUCUUCCCAACAGCUCAGUUUCUCUUAUUUAAACGAUGCCGUAAACAGUCUAUUCCGCAAGCAGGAGUUUAUUGCCAAUGAAAUAUCAAUAUAGGCAAUCACAUUUCACAGAUCGGCCCAUCCAUUAGAGACCCUCUAGUUAUAAACAUUAAGAUCGUGCCAGUAUAAUAAUAGUCACUCUAAUUGCCGAAUCAUGCAAUAAGCUAUCCCCCAAUAGAUCACAAACUAUUUCUAUGAGCUAUAGAAGCGUUUUUGACUGAACAACUAACAUUUGACUUGAUCAGGUCGUCAUUUGCCGGGUGACUUAAACAGCUAACAAAACGGCUUAUUAGCGUUCAUCAUUAUUUCAUCGUGACGCGUUUGAGUCUGGGGGCCAAUAGCAUGAUUAAUUAUCGAGAACUACAACAGGAACAUGAAACUCUCUAUCAAUAGGUAAUGAUUGGUAAAUCAAGCUUUUAGCCAUUUUGUGGAAUUGAACAAACCUUUGACGCUAAAUCCUUUUGAGUAUUACUUUUUGAGGUGGAGGCUUUAAAACCUGCCAUAGAAAAAAUAGCUUGAUUGAGAUUGUCCUUGACAAAACCUUUGCACAGCAGCUUCGUGCAAGAUUCAAACUUUUGGUUCUUCCAAAAUUAAUCUCACAGCAAAGAUACCCAAGACUGAAAUUUAUUCAAGUAUAUAUUAUUUAGUGUUUUUAAAACGCUGUUGCUGUGAUUAAUAGUUUUCAACAGCAGAAAAAAUUAUGCAGAUGAAAUUUUUUUCGAAACGAGAAAAAACUAUUAAUGAUUAAAAACAGAACAGAUAACUGAGCUGUUUUAAGAAAACAAACGACGGAAAUAAAUAGUUGACCAUAUUCACCGUACCUAAGCAAUUCUACCAACCUACGUUGGCUACCAAAAGUAAAAAAUUGAAAAAGUCAUCCUAGAUUUGUACGUUUGGAAAACUUUCGAAACUGAUAUAAAUCUGCUCAUUGACGCGAGAAUAAAACGUUUCUUUUUGUUGGGCUUCAAUUCGCAUGAAUUUCCUCUGUUUACAACAACCGUAGAAGAAAAACGCCACAGGGAACCUCUUCAACUAUAUAUUCCUUGAAUAAACACUCCAUAGUCAAGCAAAUGUUUAUUGAAACUGGUGCUCGACUUUGACAUAUAUUUCAUUUCGUGCAUUCGAUCAUUCAGGCGCUUAAUAUCUCAAAAACUUUGACAAGGGGUUUUUUUUUUCAAGCGGAUACCUUAUUAUCUCGCCAUCCUUUUCCUUAGAAACUUGGACCGUACCGGAGACCUAGUUACCUUCUUGGACUGAAAUCGCUAAUGUAAUGCAGAGGGAGCACAAUAGGAUUUUACGGGGGUCAGUCAUUGUAUAAUUAUAACGCCUUUGGCACCUGACCACAGGCGACCCUUUAAAGGGAUUAAUAAUAACAAUUUAUAGUCCAAGACGCAUUACUCCAAGUCAAUCCGUUGCAUUAGGUUAAAUUUUUCACCUAGUAUUAUUUUACCAAUUUAGCUUUUUGUGCAAAGAGCCUAAACAGGAAGAGGGAAGUUCAUUUCUAGUAUUAAUGAUCAUCUUGGCUUGAAAUCAACAAUUUCUAUCGUAACCAUAGCUACCAGACAGUAAUAAAAGAAAACGCAUUUGGCUCAAUAACACUAAAGUUGAAGAUUUUUGAAGAUAAGAAAUGAUCAUACUUAAUGCAUGGAUAACUUGAGUUUGACUUUCAUUCCAUGAUAUAAAUUGGAUAUCCACCCUUGACUCCUCUAUUUCUGUGUAGUUGAAAUCAAGCGAAUUGAAAUUUACCGAGAUUCCAAAUGUGGGUAUAAAAAACAUUUGGCGAGAAAACAGCUUCAGCUAUUUGAAAUAAACAAGAUCAUCAUCCUUAAUUUUUAGUUUCCUACAAAGGGAUUCCUUUUUGAACCUUUUUCAGUGGUAUUUCUUGAAGUUUAUAAUUACACCCCUUCUCGAAAUUGUAGUUCCAUCAUUACCGUAAAUAGAGAAAAGUGCCAAAUUAUGAAAAAGUCAGUGCUGGCCGUUCGAAGCUCGUCACAAAUUGUGAAACUGGAAACGAUAGGAAAUUUCAAAGAGCGAUGAGAGAGGAUAUAAUGCUAUGACGAAGCCCGCUUUCUUGGUUCAAAUUACAGUAAGAAUAUAUGGAGUUAAUGACAAAAAUCUUCUUCAUUUGAAAUAUCCAACCUGUCAAAAAUUAUGGCCGUUUUUUCUCUCUGUACUUAUAAAGAUUUUCUUUAAAAAAUGGUUUUGUCUCAUCCCCCAAAAAUUGAUGGUUUGAAAUAUGGAAGUUGGUUUUCAUGUCUCCUAAUCAGAAAAAUGAGUCGGAAACUUGUUGUUGGCUCACAGGUCAGGUUAAGUCUGCAGCAGUUUUAUCUAACGAAGGAAAACCUGAAAAUGUUUUAUAGUUUAGAAGGUAUUCCAAUGAAGGCCUUGGAGGCCAGAUCCGAUACUGAAUAGUUUGGCUGAAUCAAAUCAUAAAUUACGGCACACCUUUUCCAAAUAUCAAUUUGCUAUUAUCCUUGAGAUGGAGGUGGCGCUUAAAACAACAUUCAGAGCAUCGUCUCACCAAAGCUGUGGAUUAAGUAUAGCAGCUGUCUACACUGAAUUGUGCUCAAUCAUUAUGAGAUAUCUGAGGGGUUCUGCCUUGGCACUCUUUGUGCAAUCUUGAUUUAUGGAGACAUUGGUUGUAAGUUGCACGACAAAUUUAUGGAAUUUCAGUAGUUUUAGGGGAUAUUUUCUGUUUCUUCAAACUAAAGAGCUUAUUAGAACUCAUUAUUAAUUAAUCUUGACGUUCAUGAAAGUGAGGGAAGAUAAAACGACUAAUUACUGAGGACUUCAAAUACGAAAACCAUCUUUAACUUGUUGCGUUCCUGUAUUGCUUAGAGUAAGUAGAAGGUUCAAACAAGAAAAUGUUUUGCUCGAUGUAGUGAAGUGGGUGGUAUCACAAUCCAUUAAAAAACAUGGCAUUUUUCAUAAUUUCUGAUCUAUUUCAAGAUAUAGUCUAAAUUAAGACUUCAUGUUUUUGGAAAAUUAAAGUAAACUGUGUGAAUGCAGGGCUAAUGUCUUUUUUUGGCGGAUAAGGUUACGCCAACCUGUCUGGUCCUACACACCGAUUACCGUGAGCGCGAAUGUCGGUACAUAAGAUUUUUAUAUUUUUAUUGCCAUGUUUUAUGAUUAUUGCUUUUUGUCAAUUUUUGACGCUUCGAUCAAUUUUAUGAGGUGUUUCCCCUGAUAAUAAUAAUAAAAAAAAACAAGCAAAAAAAACGCUGAAUCCAUGGAUCGAUCUUGUAAAUUUGAAGGUGUUGUUUCUCACAAAUUCGACGGAACUUGACUUUUUAUGUGAUUGCAGCAACGGAGUAUGUUCACCUAAUGUUCUCAAGAAUAUGUUUCUAAUUUAAUUUCCUUAGGGAAGGAACCUUAGUCUUGUAAACUUGUUUUGUUGACAUUAAUGGUAUUUAGCAAGGGUGUGUUAUUAUAAUGAGCCAUCGACAGUCUUCGUACAAUCCUGAUGCAUCGAGGCAUAAGUCGUAAUUUUCUCGGCAAAUUUAUUGAAUUUCUGUAUUUUAAGAUCAGGCGUUUACGAGAGAUUUUCUGUAUGUUCAAUCUAAAGAGCUUCUUAGAACUCAUCAUUUAUUGAUUUUGACGUUAAUGAAUGUAAGGAAGGAUGAAAUAACUUAUCAAUUUGGACUUAAAAUUAUUUUAGUUUUGUGCGUUCCUGUAUUAUUUCGAAUAAUUAGGAGGGCAAAACGAUAAUAUAUUUUGUUCGAUGUAGUAAAGUGGGUGGUACACCUUAACAACUACAAACACGAUAUUCGAAAUUCAGAAAAGAGUUUCCCUCAUUAAUUUCCUCGAAUUAGAACAAGAGACUCACAAUCUAUCAAAGAGCGUGACUUAUUUUUUAAUUUCAGAUUCAUUUCAAGAUAAAGUCUUUUAAAAUUAAGAAUUCAUGUUUUUGGAAAAUGAAAGCGAACUGUGCGAGUGCAAGGUUAACAUCUUUUCGGCGGAUAAGGUUAUGACAACCUGUCUGGUCCUUCACAUGCACCGAUUACCAUAUUUUAUGAGAAUUUUCUUUUCGUCAAUUAUCGACGCUUCAGUCAAUCUUGUUCGGGGUUUUUCCCUGAGAAUGAAAAAAAAAAAACGCUGAAUCUAUGGAUCGAUCUUGAAAAUUUCAAGAUAUUGUUUCUCAGAAACUCGAGUGAACUUGGCUUUUUGUGUGACUGCAUUACCUAGGCAUAUUCAGCUAAUGUUCUUAAGUAUAUGUUUAUAAUGUUGUUGUCUUAAACGGAAACUACGAAUCGUUUUCUAUCCCCGUCUUAUCUUAUUUCCCAUCAUACUUUAUUUCUACUUCGAUGGUUGACAAUAGUUGAAGCACUGAGCUUAUAAGGUGUCGUAUGACAAGACUAAAAACUUGAGCCUAACGAGCGUGAUUUUAAAGAGAAGGAACCUUAGUCUUGUAAACUUGUUUUGUAGACAUCAAUGGUAUUUAGCAAGGGUGUGUUAUUAUAAUGCACCAAAUCGGAAAUUUGCAGAAGUAUUUUGUUAGAAAAAAAAAAAAAGAACUGCUACGGUGAAGAGUUGCUUCAUUCAAAACCACUUCAAUCCUAACGGUCAGCUUAUAUUUACAUGGACGGGUAAUCGAUUCCGUCAAAAAUAUUUCGUUGUUGGUUCACAGAAGGGAAUUCAAUAAUUUGCAUGGAAGAAAAAUUGGCCGCUCUCAGCCAACUUAAGCGAAGUCAUUUUUUAUAGACGAACAAUGCUGGCAUUUGGAACAAACCACUCUUUCUGGUUUUAAGACAUUGUUUAUAAAAAAGGGGUAGCCGGUCUCAUAAGUUUUUUGCCAUUUUGUGGAAUUGAAAAAAGUCUCCCAAGAGUUAAUUUUUGAAGUGUAGGCUUUUAAACUUGCCAAAUAACAAAUAGCUUGAUUGAGAUGAUCCUUAAAAAAACUUUUGUACAGAAGUUUCGUGCAAUUUUCAAACUUUUUGUUUUCCAAAAUUAAUCUCACAGCAAGGAUCUCCUAGACUGAAAUUAUUCAAGUUUAUAUUAUUCAGUGUUUUUAAAACGAUGUAGCUGUGAUCAACAUUUUUUAACUUCUGAAAAAUGAUGUAGGCGGACGUUUUUUUCGAAAUAAGAAACAAAAAAAGAAUGACCGAAAACGAUGACAGAUUAAUGAGUUGUUUUAAGAAAACAAGUAUCGGAAAUAUAGAGAUGAUUAUAUUCACCAUAGCUAAGCAAUUCUAACAACCUACGUUGGCUAACAAAAGUAAAAAUUUUAAAAUGUUAUUUUGGGUUUGUACGUUUCGAAACUUCGAAAACUGAAAUUAAUCUGCCCAUUGAUGCAAGACAAGAACGUUUUUUUUCGGCUUCAAUUCGCAUGAAUUUCCUCUGUUCACGAUAACCGUUCGAAGAAAAAAGCCACAGGGAACCUCUUCACUAAUACAUCUCUUUAAUAAACCCUCAAUAGUCAAGCAACUGUUUAUUGAAACUGGUGCUUGACUUUGUCAUAUAUAUGUAAUUCCGUGCAUUCGAUCAUUUAGGUGCUUAAUAUCUCUUACACUUUGACCAGUGAUAAUCUUCUUUGAAGAAUACUCUAGUAUAUCGCCCUCAUUUUCCUUAGAAACUUGGACCGUACAGGAGACUUUUUUACCUUCUUCGACUGAACUCGCUAAUGUAAUGCAGAAGGAGCACAAUAGGACUUUACGGGGGUCAGUCAUUAUAUAAUUAUAACGCCUUUGGCACUGGACCACAGACGACUCUUUCAAGGAAUUAAUAAUAACAAUUUAUUGUCCAAGACGCAUGACUCCAGUCAAUCCGUUGCAUUAGGUUCAAUUUUUCACCUAGUAUUAUUUUACGAGUCUAGCUUUUGGUGCAAAGAGCCCAAACAGGAAGAAAGCAGUUCAUUUCUAAUAUUAAUAUCCAUCUUGGCUUGAAACCAAGGGUUUCUAUCGUAACCAUUGCUACCAGACAGGAAUAAAAGAAAACGCGUUUGGCUCAAUAACACUAAAGGGGGCACCAAAGAACGUUGGAUCUUUCAAGGUAGAAGAAAUGAUCAUAUUUAAUGCAUGGAUAACUUGAGUUUGACUUUCAUUCCAUGAUAUAAAUUGGAUAUCCACCCUUAACUCCUCUAUUUCUGUGUGGUUGAAAUAAAACGAAAAGAAAUUUACCGAGCUUCCAAAUGUUGGUAUAACAAACUUUUGGCGAAAAAACAGCUUCAGCUAUUUGAAAUAAACAAGAUCAUUAUCCUUAAUUUUUAGUUUUCUACAACGUGUUUACUUCUUGAACCUUUCUCAGCGAUAUUUUUUUUAUGUUUAUAAUGACACUUCUUCUCGAAAUUGUAGUUCCGUCAUUAACAUAAAUAGAGAAAAGUGCCAAAUUAUAAAAAGUCAGUGCUGGCGGUUCCAAGCUCGUCAUAAAUUGCGAAACUCGAAACGACGGGAAAUUUCAUAAAACGAUGACAGAGGAUUUAAAACAGCGACAAAGCCCGCUGUUUGGGUUCAAUUUGCGGUAAAGGAAAAUCGAAUUGAUGGCAAAAAUCUACUUCAUUUGAAACAUACAACUUCCCAAAAGUUAUGGGUUUUUUUUCUGUAAUUAUAAAGAUUUCCUUUCACAAAUUGUUUGUCCUGUCCCCAACUUAAACUGAUAUGCAGCUCGUUUGAAUCCCGUUCAUAUUAUGAGAGAAGUGAUGAUUUGAAAUAGAAGAACCUUGAAAAAUAUGGAAGUUGAUUUGCAAAGCUCCCAAUAGGAGAAUGAGUCGGGAACUAAAUGUUGACUAGCAGGUCUCGUUUACCUUAAGUCUGCAGCAAUUUUAUCUAACAUAGGAAACCUGACAAUUUUUUUUAUAAUUUAAAAGAUAUUCCAAUGAACGCCUUAGAAGCCAAAUACUAAACUGGAUGGUUCGGCUGAAUCCAAUCAUAAAUUACCGAACACCCUUUCUAAAUAUCAAAUUGCUAUUAUCCUUAAGAGCAAGGUUGCGAUUAACAACAACAUUCAGAAUUUCGUCUCAUUAAGGCCCUGGAUUAAGUAUAGCAGCUAUCUACACUGGAUCAUGCUCAAUCAUUAUAAGAUAUCUGAUAGGUUCUGCCUCGACACUUUCUAUGCAAUCCUAAUGUACCGAGACAUAGGUCGAAAGUUUCUCAAAAAAAAAAAUGAUCAGAUUUCUGUAGUUUAACAUUUACCGUUUACUGGAGAUUUUUUGUUUAUUCAAACUAAAGAGCUUAUUAGAACUCAUCAUUAAUUAAUUUUGACGUUAAUGAAUGUGAGAGAAGAUAAAAUGACUAAUUACUAAGGACUUCAAACAAGAAAACCAUCUUUAACUUGUUGCGUUCCUGAAUUGUUUAGAGUAAGUAGGAGGGUCAAACAAGAAAAUAUUUUGCUCGAUAUAGGUAAGUGGGUAGCACAGCUUAACAACUAUAAACACCAUAAAGGGAGUUUCCUUUACUCAUUUCGUCUACUUAGAACAAGAGACUCACAAUCCAUCAUAGAACGUGGCUUAUUUUAUAAUUUCUGAUUUAUCUCAAGAUAUAGUCCAAAUUAAGAAUUCGUGCUUUUGGAAAAUGAAAGUGAACUGCGCGAGUGCAAGGCUAAUGUCUUUUUUCAGCGGAUAAGGUUACGCCAACCUGUCUGGUCCUACACACCGAUUACCAUUAUCCGUAUGAUUGCGUGAGCGGGAAUAUCGGUACAUAAGCCGGAUCUAUUUUUUUUACCAUGUUUUGCGAGUAUUGCUUUUUGCCAAUUAUUUACGCUUCGUUCAAUUUUUAUAAGGUGUUUCCCCCUGAUAAUAAAACAAAAAAUAACAUAAAAUAAAAUAAAUUUUAAAAAGCGCUGAAUCUAUGGAUCGAUCUUGGUAAUUGGAAAAUGUAGUUCUCGAGGGAACUUGACUUUUGAUUACAUUAUCGGAGUAUGUUCACCCAAUAUUCUCAAGAAUAUGUUUAUGAUGAUUUUGUCUUAAACGCACUCCAUUGAAUAUAAUUAUGAAGCAAUUGAAUGUUAUGGCAAUUUGUGUAGCAAAAUCCCUGAGUAUAAUCAGUAAGUUAACACCAAAAGAAUCGUAGCUCGCCAAAUCCAAAGUCUUCCCAUAAAGCAAAACAGAAAACAUCACAAAUGCGUUUAUAAGCAGAAAUUAAAACGCGUGCCCACGUAUUUUAUUUGCUUCAAUCAUUUCAAUGGCUCUGAAGCGACUGUUAUUUACUUUGUUAACAUCCCAUUUUCAAUGCAAAAAGGUCGGUUUCUAUCACUUAAUCCAUUAUUGAAUGCAGGUGGUGUUAUUUCUGUUUAAAACUAAUUUAUUUCAGCCCGUGUUAUUUCCCAUCACUCUUUAUUUUUAUUUUGCUGAUUCACAACAGUUGAUGCACUAAGCUUAUAACGGGUCGUUAUGACAAAACUUAAAUCCUGAACUCAUUAAACAUGACUUAUAAAGGAAGGAACCGUAGUCUUGUAAACUUGGUUUGUAGACAUUAGUGGUAUUUAGCAAGGGUGUGUUAUUAUGUUAGUUGAUUAUAUUCGAAAUGAGAAAAAAAAAUGAAUGACUAAAAACGAUGACAGAUAAAUGAGUUGUUUUAAGAAAACAAGGUACGGGAAUAUAGAGAUGAUUAUAUUCACCAUAGCUAAGCAAUUCUAACAACCUACGUUGGCUAACAAAAGUAAAAAUUUUAAAAUGUUAUUCUGGGUUUGUACGUUUCGAAACUUCGAAAACUGAAAUAUAAAUUUGCCCAUUGACGUAAGACAAGAACGUUUUUUUUCGGCUUCAAUUCGCAUGAAUUUCCUCUGUUCACGAUAACCGUUCGAAGAAAAAAGCCACAGGGAACCUCUUCACUAAUACAUUUAUUAAAUAAACCCACAAUAGUCAAGCAACUGUUUAUUGAAACUGGUGCUUGACUUUCUCAAAUAUGUGUCAUUUCGUGCAUUCGAUCAUUUAGGUGCUUAAUAACUCAUGAACUUUGACCAGGGAUGAUCUUCUUUGAAGGAUACCCUGGUACCUCGCCCUCAUUUUCCUAAGAAAGUUGGACCGUACAAGAGACUUAAUUACCUUCUUCGACUGAACUCGCCAAUGUAAUGAAGAGGGAGCACAAUAGGAUUUCAUGGGGGUCAGCCAUUACAUAAUUAUAACGCCUUUGGCACCUGACCACAGGCGACAUUUUCAAGGAAUUAAUAACGACAAUUUGUAGUCUAAGACGCAUGACUCCAGUCAAUCUGUUGCUUUAGGUUAAAAGUUUCUCCUAGUAUUAUUUUACUAGUGUAGCUUUAUGUGCAAAGAGCCUAAGCAGGAAGAAAGAAGUUAAUUUCUAAUAUUAAUGAUCAUCUUGACUUGAAACCAACAGUUUCUAUCGUAACCAUAGCUACCAGACAGUAUUAAAAGAAAACACAUUUGGCUCAAUAACACUAAAGUUGGGCACCAAAUAACGUUGGAUCUUUGAAGGUAAGAAAUGAUUAUAUUUAAUGCAUAGAUAACUUGAGUUCGAUUUUCAUUCCAUGAUAUAAAUUGGAUAUCCAUCCUUAACUCCUUUAUUUCUGUGUGGUUGAAAUAAAACGAAAAUGAAAUUUACCGAGCUUUCAAAUGGGGGUAUAAUAAACUUUUGGCGAAAAAACAGCUUCAGCUAUUUGAAAUAAACAAGAUCAUUAUCCUUAAUUUUAGUUUCCUACAAUGGGUUUACUUCUUGAACCUUUUCUCAGCGAUAUUUGUUUAUAUUUAUAAUGACACCCCUUCUCGAAAUUGUAGUUGCAUCAUUACCGUAAAAAGAGAAAAUUGUCAAAUUAUGAAAAGUCAGUGCUGGCGGUUCCAAGCUCAAUUGUGAAACUCAAACGACAGGAAAUUCCAUAAAGCGAUGAGAGAGGUAUUAAUGCAGUGACGAAACCCGCUGUUUGGGUUCAAUUUUCGGUAAAGAAAAAUAUAGUUGAUGAUAAAAAAUCUUCUUCAUUUGAAAUAUUUAACUUGCCAAAAAAUAUGGUUAUUUUUUUCUGUACUUAUAAAGAUUUCCUUUCACAAAUUGUUUUGUCCUAUCCCUAACUUAGACUGAUAUGCAGCUCGUUUGAAUUCUGUUCAUAUUAUGACAAAAGUGAUAAUUUUGAACUAGAAGAACCUUGAAAAAAUAUGAAAGUUUAUUUGCAUGACUCCCAAUCAGAAAAAUGAGUUGGCAACCAAAUUCUGGCUUACAGAUCUCGCUAACCUUAAGUCUGCACCAAUUUUAUCUAACGGAGGAAAAUCUGAAUAUGUUUUGUAAUUAAAAAGGUCUUCCAAUGAAGGCCUUGGAAGCCAGAUCAGAUACUGGAUGGUUUGGCUGAAUCCAAUCAUACAUUACGGCACACCUUUUUCAAAUAUCUAUUUGCUAUUAUCCUUGAGAUGGAAGUGGCGCCUAAAACAACACUCAAAGCGUCGUCUCGCUAAGGCUCUGGAUUAAGUGUAGCAGCUGUCUACACUGGGUCGUGCUCAAGUGAUAUAAGGUGUCUGACGGGUUCUGCCUCGACACUCUUAAUUCAAUCCUGAUGUAUGGAGACAUAGGUCGUAAGUUGCUCGGAAAAUUUAUGAAAUUUCUGUUGGUUAAUAUUCACUGUUUACGGAAGAUUCAUUGUUUAUUCAAACUAAAGAGCAUAUUCGAACUCAUCAUUAAUUCAUUUUGCAGAUAAUGUAUGAAGAUAAAGUGACUAAUUACUUAGGACUUCUAAUUACUGCAUACCUGUAUUAUUUCAAGUAAGAAGGAGAGUCAAACUAAAAAGUAUUUUGCUCAAUGUAGUGAAGUGGGUGGUACAACUUAACCACUACUAACACGAUAUUCGAAAUUCAAAAAUUAGUUUCCCUUAAUCAUUUCGUCGAAUUGGAACAAGAGACUCCCAAUCCAUCCAAGAACGUGGCUUAUUUUAUAAUUUCAGAUUUAUUUCAAGGUAUAGUCUAGAUAAAGAGUUCAUGCUUUUUGGAAAUGAAGGAAAAUCAAUGUUAUGGAAAUUUGUGUAGUUAAGUCACUUUUUGAAAUCUAUAGAUGAACACCGAUACAAUCGUCCCGCUCAAAGCCAAAGUGUUUCUAACUGGCACAAAGGGAGACAUUGAAAACGUGUUCAUUCGCAGACAUUAAAACGUUUACCCUCGUAUGUUAUUUGCAGGGGCGGGACUGACUGCUGUUAUCUUUGUUAAAAUCCCAUUUUCAAUACUAAUAGGUCUGUUUCCAUUACUUAAUCCACUAUUAAAUGCAGGUGGUCGACACGAAAUUGAUAGCAUACUUAAGGCAUCAAUAUUGUGCUCCAUUGUCUUGAGAAAGUAUGGAACUUUCAGCGUUUCUAAUAUUCGCAGUCUGGACUUCAUCGAUGACUUACUUGACGUUUGGUAAAGGUGAGUUGCAAAAUGUGAAUCAUUUUCUAUCCCUAUAUUCAUACUUCAGCCCGUGCUAUCUUAUUUUCCAUCAUUCUCCAUCACCAUUUCGCUGAUUCACGACAGCUGAUGCACUAAGCUUAUAACGUGUCGUUAUGACAAAACUAAAACCUGAUUCUUCUCAUCAAAUGUCUUGUUUAACUUACGUUCUCGACGUAUUUGCUAUCAUACUUUGGUGAGAUCCGAGAAUUUUUUUACUCAAAAUUUAAUUUUUUUUGCGACGGAAAAGUGUAUCUUAUAAUCAUAUUUCAAUUUGUCUAUUUUAGAGCGAGAGCGCGCAAUGGUGUUUCCGGACUACUACUUCUUUGCUGAAAGACGUCUGGUAAACCAUGUUACUGUAAAGAAACGCGUCAAGAACUUGGAUGAUUGUGAACUAUUUUGCUACCUGAACGACAAUUGUGUCAGUGUUAACUUCAAAAAAGAUCCUAACAGUAAUGGAGCAGUUCACAUCUGUGAACUUAAUAACGCCACGCAUCUGAAAUAUGACAGUGACUUGAUAACUGAUGCCAAUUUUUAUUAUCGUGGCUCGAAGGUGAGUUACAAAUCGAUUUUUCGAAAUUGUCGCCUUUGAAUAAUAUAAAAAGAAGUACAAAUGUUUAUGCAAAUGUUCGUGUAUUCGAUCAUUCGGUAUUUAGUUUCUUCUUCAAUCAAUCCCUCUUUCUUUCUUUUGUCUUUUCAUUGUUUUUUUCUUCUUCAGAACGCCUGUGACGAGAGUUCCCAGUGCCAAAAUAACGCAACUUGCCUAGCUGGAUUUACACUCAAGGGAUAUCUAUGCUUGUGUCCUCCUGGAUUCGAGGGAGAACUAUGUAAAAAGGGUAAGAGUCUGAGUCAAUACUUGAAAUGACGUAUAUGAGAUUUCUUCUGAUUUCCAAUGCUGGUAUGACAACUGUUCUUUAGUUGUUGAAAGAGGCGUGAAUUUGUCUUAUUGUAUAUUGUGCUAAAUCAUCAACGCAAAUUUCUUACUAUAGUUUAUUGAGCGUUUGUAUUGUUUUCUUCGCUCGCUCGUUUGUAUAUGUUCGUUUUGUUUUGUUUUGGUUUGUCUGCUUGUUUGCUGUUUAUUAUUAAGUGAUAUCUUUUUACAGAGAUAACUUGUUUUCUUCAUGUACGAUAGUCUUGCGUUCUUGCAAUCCAGCAAAAGGUUGAAAACAACCAUGGCUUGCACUCUUAAACACGGUAAUGGCUUAUGUACGGCAAUUUUUGCGUAAUUUUGAAAUCCCAUUUUUCUUAUCUCUGAUUUUUAUAGACGUUGACGAGUGCAAAGGAAACCACCCUUGUCACGAGAAUGCAAACUGCAGCAACACCAUUGGAUCACAUAUAUGCGAUUGUCAGCCUGGAUAUACUGGAAAUGGACAAAAUUGCACAGGUGAAUUCGGAAUAACAAGGAAAUGCAGUCAUGGUAUUUCUUUCGUUGUUUAUAUAACGUGUUUUGUGCUCCCGUGGCAAAAUAAGAGCAGUUUAUAGCGUAUGCUUUAGGUAGUAUUUGCUGUUCAAAUUUAGCGGUUUGACCUCCAGGUCUAACCCGAAAAUCGCAUGAAACCAGAAAAUAGCAAACGAGUAUUUUACUUUUUUCAUACAUGUACAUACAUGACUCUUGAAUGAAAACCAAAUCCGAUUUUUUUAUUCUUCUCUCUUUUUUCCCUUUUUUUAACAGAUAUUGACGAAUGCAAAACAUAUCCCAGCAAAUGUCAAGUAAACGCUACCUGUAACAACACAAACGGAUCAUACGUUUGCAAAUGCAAACCUGGCUAUACUGGAGAUGGACGUAAUUGUGCAGGUACAAUCAAUAAUCUCAGAAGCCUUCAGAUUCCUUUUAACUACUAUAAUGGAUGUUGUUGUUGUUGUUUUUUUGUUUUGAUACCGUGGACAACCAAGUUUUAAUUUUUGUAACAUAGAUAGAGGCACUAACCCGACUUUUGUAGUGAUAACAGAGAACUUGUUUUCUAUAUUUGAGAAAAUCUCUUGUUUUCGCAAUCCAGAAAAGGGUUGACAACAGCUAUAGCUUGCAAUCUUCAACAAAGUAAUGGCUGACACGCAGCAAAUGUUACGUAAUUGUGAGAUCCUUUUCCCGCCUGUGAUUACUUAGAUGUUGACGAGGGUAAAGGAAACAAUCUUGUCGCGAGAAUGCAAAUAGAGGAGCGUCGACUGUGCUCCGUUUUGUUGUAAAGCACGCAGUACUACCCUUUGAAAUAUUGCGAGGUGCUGUCCAACAAAAUGACAAAAAAAAACCCUAUAUGCAGUUAAUGUGCGUGCUCCAUGAUAAGAGCUAGGAAAAAUAUUUUUUUUUAUAGUAUGUCACUAUCACGGUGGCUGACUUUUUACUUUUUAUCGCUUCAGGUUGUCGUUGACAUCCGAUUUUAUUACGGACAAUUUUUUUUUCUUUUUUUCUCUGUAAUAAACGUUAGUGUUGAAAGACUACAAGUGUCAAAUUUUGUGACAUCAAGUUUCAUUUAUCUUUUAUCGACAUUUGCCCUAUUUCUACCUUUUUAAUCUUCUCGGCUCGUACUUCGCGUGCGCGAGCGGUGAUAUAUCCCCUUUAACACAUUUGGAACUCUAAAAAUAUCGCGGUUGACACUGUACUCGCUAACGUCAAAGAAAUGACAUUCAAUGCAUUCUUUCCCGCUCAGAGAUUUUGGCGGUAAACAAUUUUUGGAAUUGUUAGAUUCUAUGUGACGGCAAAUAAAGUAAUGAUAGUGAGCGGUAGAAAUAGCGCAGUAUAAGUGCAGUAUUAUUAUCAGCAUUAUUAUUAUUAUUAUUAUUUCUAUUAUCACCAUUAUUAUUAUUACUAUUAUUAUUAUUAUUACUAUUGUUAUUAUUAUUAUUAUUAUUAUUAUUAUUAUUAUUAUUGUUAUGAUUAUAAAAGUUCUAGUGCUGGUCGCUAAACUGCUACAAUUUUAAGACGCUAGAAAAAAACUGUUUGACUAUUGAUUCUAAUAACUACAAUCAUCUUAUAGUUAUCAUGUUACUCUUUAGCCGAUCCGUGUUAUAAUUAUAAAGAACUGAGCAAGGCCAAUAGAAAGAGCAGUCACCCUACACCGGUUAAUGGCCCAGAGCUGUGUGACAAAAAACUCCCCGCGGGAUGGUAUCGUUUUGUGGGAGCUGCAGGAACAAAAAUGCCAACAACACGUGUACCAGCAUUUAAAUGUGGAACAGCCAACUCUGGCUGGUUGAAUGGUGCUCAUCCUUCAGUGGAAGAUGGUGAAGUUUCCAGGAUGAUAUGCUUUAGUGAUCAACAAACCGGUUGCAAAUAUGAGAAAGGAAUUUCAGUUAAAAAUUGCGGAUCCUACUUCAUUUACCAACUUUACCCAUCUCAUUGUCCCUCACGCUACUGUGGUACAGACUGAAUGUGAAGCAAAAAAUUCAAGGAAUAAGAGGACUCAUAAAUUGAUCCUCACGUACACGUACUUCAGGGAUUUUGCCGAGUCCACUUUUUUCAGAUAAUCAUUAAUUUCUUAUAUAGAUUUUACACGCUGAUAAUGUCUUGUUAACUUGCAAUCCAAAAUGCUUGGAAUUUCACAUUUUACAAAGCUUUCGUAAUAAUAAUCAGAAAUAAUCAACUGUUGCUAAAAAUACUACUAACAAACAAAGAAGAAAAUAGUAGAAUAGAAAAUGCUUAAAUAGCGAGAUCCUAGACAAGUAAGCAAGCGAAACAUGACGAAACUCGUUUCUCAUAACAGUAGAAGCUGCCGUACUGGACGCAAUACAUAGCACGGUGUGAUAAUAAUAGUUUCAGUUUAUUUAAAAAAAAAAGAUACCGCUUUUGUUAGUGCUAAUGAUGUGUGCAACUUUAAUAAAUAUAUUUAUCUUAACCCGAGCAUUUUCAACUAAGAGUCGCGAAUCGAACGUCUGAUUAUUUGCAACGUCUAUGAUUUAGUAAACAUCUGAUAGCGGAAAAAACGCGAUCAAAUUUCCAGCAGAUGCAUGAACCAAAGCCGGGUGCAGUGACUUUGAACAGCCUGAAAACGAAUCUGUACGCUGUUAAUGCUUUUAUAGCUAGUUCACUAUUGAUAUGUAAGGUCGAUAUUCGUCACUAUUAACAUACGUGAGUAAUAUUGGCCACCAUGAUCGUAAACCAGAGAUAAUAGAGGAAUAGGAAUAAGUCAUGACUGGAAAUUGGUUACCAGCUUGAAUUACAUGUAGUGCGUACAUGUAUAAGCUUUCGCAGUAAGGAUUGCUUAAUAAAACCUUACGUACUCCUUGUUUUAUUUCCAAGCAAGCAAUGCUAGUGUUCAAUCAUUAUUUAUCACUAAAUGGUACCAAUAUCAGUUACUGAUAGCAGUUAGGGGUUAGCGAAAGACUGUUGAAAGACUACAAGUGUCAAAUUUUGUGACAUCAAGUUUCAUUUAUCUUCUAUCGACAUUUUCCCUAUAUCUACCUUUUAAAUCUUCUCGGCUUGUACUUCGCGUGCACGAGCGGUGAUAUAUCCCCUUUAACACAUUUGGAACUCUGAAAAUAUCGCCGCUGACACUGUACUCACUAACGUCAAAGAAAUUUGCAUUCUCUCCCGAUCAGAGAUUUUGGCGUUAAACAAUUUUUGGAAUUGUUAGAUUCUAUGUGACGGCAAAUAAAGUAAUGAUAGUGAGCGGUAGAAAUAGCGCAGUAUAAGUGCGGUAUUAUUAUCAGCAUUAUUAUUAUUAUUUCUAUUAUCAGCAUUAUUUUUUUUUUAGCAUUAUAUUUUUUUUUAUUACUAUUACUAUUAUUAUUAUUAUUACUAUGAUUAUUAUUACUAUUAUUAUUAUUAUUAUUAUUAUUAUUAUUAUUAUCAUUAUUAUUGUUAUGAUUAUAAAAGUUCUGGUCCUGGUCGCCAAACUGCUACAAUUUUAAGACGUUAGAAAAAAACUGUUUGACUAUUUAUUCUAAUAACUACAAUCAUCUUAUAGUUAUCAUGUUACUCUUUAGCCGAUCCGUGUUAUAAUUAUAAAGAACUGAGCAAGGCCAAUAGAAAGAGCAGUCACCCUACACCGGCUGAUGGCCCAGAGCUGUGUGACAACCAACUCCCCGAGGGAUGGUAUCGUUUUGUGGGAGCUGCAGGAACAAAAAUGCCAACAACACGUGUACCAGCAUCUAAAUGUGGAACAGCCAACUCUGGCUGGUUGAAUGGUGCUCAUCCUAGAUUGGAAGAUGGUGAAGUUCCCCGGAGGGUCUGCUUUAGUGACAAAAAAACAAACAGCCCUGAUUGCGAAGACACCAAAUCUCACCGAAUUUCUGUAAAGAACUGUGGAUCCUACUUUAUUUACAAACUUGGCAAGCCAUCUAAGUGUUUUAAGCGCUACUGUGGUACAGACUAAAUACCACGCAGAAAAAAAAAACAACAACAACAACAACACGCUAAAAACUUACCUUAAUAGAUUGAUUCAUCAGAUCGGUUUUAUAUUUAAGUACUUGCAAUCGGUUCAGUUGCAAAUGGCAAAUUUUUGCUACAAUAAACCAAUAUUAACCUAAAUUCUUUUCUGUACAGCAAUUAGAUUUUUAGGUUGGAACACAUAAAAUCUGAAAAUUUCCUAGAGUUAGGGAGUUUUUGGGAUAACAUAGAUAUAUAUGUAAAUGAAUAGAAAACCAAUAAAAAUAAAACACUAUGCUCUUUACCACACUCGUUUUCAAUUAUAUUAUUUGCAUGUAUACAUGAAGACACCAACUACACUAAAUUCAAACAGAAGAUGACGGUGCAUCUUUUACAAGCUUUGAUUCACUAUUACGACAACUGAGAACGAGUCUCAUGUAGCAAACUAAACGUGAUUAGUGUCGGAGGGAAGUUCAAUUUUCCUUCCCGCUUCCACAGCAAAUUAUUAUGAUCAAUCUCGGUGAAGAUGCACACGAACACUAGCCGUGGUCUCGCGCGCUGACUCUGACGCUGAAUUUCCUAUUUGACGUGUUGGCUCCCACUAAAAAUUAUUGGAAGUGGAUCGGUCAUAAGGUUGAAUGAGAAACUUGGCCCACUACUUUCCUUGAAUUUGUGCGCCACCGUUUCCGUUUUUGCUCACAGUGAUAUUAUCUAAAGUGCACUGCGUUUAUUUUCAUGAUAAGAAAAUCACGCCUUCCUCGUUGCAAAUCGAAAGUCUUAGAAAAAAACGAUAAUUUCUUCUUAUUGUUUGUGAACAACGAAUAGCGACUCCUACCUAAUAACACGUUAAACAUCUCAGACAUUUGUAGUCACAGUCAUUUAAAUGUGCGCAUGUUACUGAAUCAAGAACCUCAUUGAGUCUACACUGAACGCCGCUAAAUCGUUGGUCGUUGACUCAAAAUUUGUAACGCACUGAAAACAAAUACCAAAGUGCACUGUCUGAGGAAUCAUGGAUUUUCUAGCGUUUUUCACAUUCCCCCUCCUUACUGCAUUGAUGACUUCUAUAGCGUUUGACGAAGGUGAGUUACAUACUGUGAAUUAUUGAUAAUUCGAUCGCUAAACCUAUAUGAGUGUAUGCUGAUAGCGUUCGACGGUUUUAUUUCAUUUAUCGGAUACAUUUUUGUUUAAGCGGUGAGCUAAUAUAAUCUUCUAUACUUACAUGCAGAUGAAAAUUAAUCAAUGGAGAGAUGAUUGUUGCUCCAAAGCUUAAAACCCGAAUUCGACUGGUAUGAAGAGGUAGACGAGAAAUUAUUUCUAGUAACCUGGUUUUGUAAACAUGGACAGGUGGAAUUUAACAUUUGUGUGCUUAUAAAUCAUCCUUUUGUCGACAUUUUUUAGACAGUUUCAAAGUAACCAAAUCAACAGUAGCUAAGAAUUCAUUCAAGCUAAUGAAAUUUCACGCCUUUUCCUCUUAAUUACGUACAGUAUGAAUGCUUUUACUCAAAACUUAAUUUUGUAUCGUAAAGAAGCAUAUUUUGCCGUUUGAGAACUUUUUCGCAAUACAAAUUCGUGUGAUGAAUUACAGUAGCUUAUCUUUUCCUAGUUUUGUAAUCAGUUAUUUCAAAGGAUUGAAGGAAAACUCUCAGAUUCCUAGGGAAGUAAAAUCUUGAAAGACGAAACGCUCUUUAAAACAAUUUUGCAGGUGCCUCGAGCAGUUUGCAGAUGUUAACUUUUCCAAACAUUUAUCACAAUGCAACCUUACCCUCGACAUUAGAGAAAUACCAUAUAGUUUAUUUAUGUUAUCUAUUAUUUGUUGGUUUCAUCAAAAUUCUCCAAGGCUAAGCAAAUGGUUCAAGCAAUGUUAUAUUUUUGACAUGUAAAUCAUGUUGACUUUUACCUGAGGGGAGCUAUGAAAUGUGAAAAGGGAUGCAUUUUUUUAAAAAUCAUGGAAAAGCAAAAAGAUCAUCAAAUCAAUAAUGAGACAACUAUUUAAUGCCUUCCGUCGCCGUCAAGUUGAGAAAAGUUUGAACCUGAAUUGAUACAUUACGAUUAAUCUACAACAUGAUGCCAGACAAGAAUGAUUGAUCUCAAUGCAAACUAGCAUGAAUGUCUUCUUUUCCUGAUAACUUUUACAAUAAAUAGAGCCACAGGGGACCUCUUCAAUUGUGUAUACCUUUAUUAAACAAACUAUAGUCAAGCACCUGUAUUUUUAAGAUAAUCAAAACUAUAGCAAAAUUCUGGUUAUCAGUAACCCGAUAUAUGAUGGCAAUAGGACCGAGUGGAGUCCAAUUCAGUCUGUAAUCAUGCCAGUGAUAAACAAAAUCAAAAUUAAUUAAAACUAAGAAAAAAAACAGUGAUAAACAAAAUCAAAAUUAAUUAAAACUAUGAAAAAAAUCGAGAAAGAAACUAGACAUCGGUUAUACGUUUUCAUAAAAAAUAAAACCAAAACAAAAAAACCAGGCACCCACUUCGCAGUCGUUCGAUUUUGUUAAUCUCUCCUAUGAUUACAGACCGAAAUGGGCUACACUCGAUUCUAUUAUCAUUAUAAAUAGGGAAUAAGAAAAGAGAAGAAAAAGAAAAAGAAGGAAAAGAAGACCGUCCCCGUUGCUUUUGCUUUUCUUAUCGCCUCUGUCCUAUUUCCUAAAAGGCGACAAAUUACUACAGAACAAAGAAAAAAAACAAAACAAAAACAAAAAAAACAUAUUGAUAACCUCUUUAAAUGAUAAGCAUUAGCUUAUAAACUGUUAAAAAUCUCUUGAUGCCAAAUUACGUUAUAACACUACUUCCUUUUUUUAAAACGGGAUCGCACAAUGCUUUCUCCAGAUUACUACUUCUUUGCUGAGAGACGAUUGGUAAACCAUCUAUCGAAACAACAAAAGUCGAGAACUUAAACGAUUGUGAGCUUUUGCACUACCUGAACGACAACUGUGGCAGUCUUAACUUCAACAAAGAUCCAGAGAAUAAUCUUGAGAAUGAUAGUCCUAGACACAGCUGUAAACUAAGUAUGGAGUAUGAUGGUGAUCUGAAAAUUCACUGUAAAAUGAAAACAGUUGAUUUGCCCCAAAAAAUGGGGACAAAACGAGUGAGUCCAGUUUGGUACAUCAGCGACACACUCGCUGCCUCGCGUGCCACUUUUUUUUUUUCUUACCACAUUUUGACGUCCUCUGUGAUCUAUUACUGAACAGACACACGGCAACUUGGAAUCUAUUUGUUAAAUAUAUAUAUAUAUAUAUAUAUAGAAUGUUUUUCUAAAACUAUAAGCCUAAACACUAGACAUGGAAGUGGAAAUUUGACUUCAUACUCGUAAUUUGUCUCCCUUUCAAGGCUUGAAAAAAUAAUGCAUGACUCCCAAAAUAUCUGAAAAGAAUCAGCUAUUUCAUGUACAAUAUUUAUCUAAUGGUUUGACAACAGGAAAUUUUUAAAAAAUUGCCAAAUCAAAAAAACUGAAAUAAAAGAAGGCAAAACUAAAUACAACCCCAAGGUACUUGAACCUUGUAUCUGGAUUUCAUAAGCAAAUGGGCUCAGUAAUUUUACCUGUUCAUUUUUGUACCAAAGUAGCCGUUUUUUGGACUCAUACCUCCAAAAUGGUCACAACUUCAUUCAAUACAUAUGUGAUGACAAACACACAAGAACAAAGGUCAUAAACUUAAAAGGUCAGAGUGAUUAUUCUGCACCUUUUUAGUUUUAGGCAAGAGACUCUGCACCACAAAAUUGUCUCCAGCCAGCCAUAGAAGGAUACUCUGCAAUAAUUUGUUUUGCAAUCCACUGCUGUUCAGAGAGCUUUGGGUUGCUGGUGAGAUAUCCCUCCUGGAUAUUCAACUCUGUAGAGGCAGAGUACAGUACAAAAAUUAAACAAAUGAGCAAAUUAAUUUGUUGUUGGAGAACAGUAAUUUUUACAACUACAAAGUUUCCAUAUAAGUAAACAAACUAUGCAUAAAAAGAAAAAACACAAUCAUGGUUCAAUGAUCAUCAAUGAUGUACUUUCACCAAACUAUAUAUGUACUUAUCAAGAAAAGAAAUCAUACCUCUACGCACUUCAGCUUUAGUGCAGUAUUCAUGAAUUAAGAAGGAUUGCUUGUAGUCUUAAAAAGACAAAACAAAGAUGACUUUCUUACCCUCGAUGGUAGUUGGAAUUUUGAAAGCCAUCUAGGAGGAACCUAGGUAAACAUUUGUUUUCAAAAAUAUUUAACUGUCUGAUAACACCCUAUCAAUUCACUUAUUUUUUAAUUAACCAUAUUUAAACAUUAAGUUUACUUUGCUUUGUGCAUGGAGCAAGUAAAUACGUUUCUAGUAUAUUUCAAUAAAAAUAUAGCAAAUCUCACCAUUUUUUGUGGGUGCCUUCUUCAACAUAUCUCUCCUUUACCAGAGCAACUGGCACCUUGUGUGUUUUCCUUUGGGAUAAAAUCGAAAGAAGGUAAUCGAUGAUGUACUCUUUACCAUCCUACUAAGUAUAAUCUAUAUAUAAGACCUUACCUAGACAAUGCUCAGUUCUGCCGCCUCUUCAGUAAAACAGAGAUCCUUGGGCGAUCUACCCUUUUCUUUCGAUGCAGAUGUCACUUGUGAAUUUUCAUAAUCGCUCUUUGAAACGUCUUACUCGAAGGACUUGAUCCUGCACGCCGAAAGAGAAAGAGCCAAAAAAAUCAGCCUAAGUGGAUACAAAAAAAGACAUAGACAUAAGAAUAUCAGAUAAUCUUUGCAAGGAAAAUAUUAAGAAUUCAGAGUGAGAGAUCCUAAAAUCAGAGAAUCUUGAAAUAAGUUAAGUCCAUCUUGUGCAAACACAGUAUUCGAACUGAAACCGUUUCUAUCUGUCGGCGCCAAAAUUAGAACACAUGAUCUUACUUGGGAAGCCGCUGAGACUCAGUUAGGCUCAUGAGAAAAGGCGAACCCCGAUGCGUCAAGUUAUCUGUAAUUAUCGUACCGACGAAGAACUCGUGUCACCUCCAGGUUCAGCGUUCAUUGCGAUCAAUUUUUUGAACUUUAGACGCUCUUUUAUAAUAGGGAAGUAAUACCUGGGUUCGUCUGCAUCUUGGGCGAUGGCAAGGAGAUGUUGGUCAUCGCAACCAUCCUUCUCUGCGAUAUAUAUGAUACGAAGAAGGAUUAAUGGUGCGGUUAAGUUUGUGUGUGUGAAGUUGUAAUUAAACGUUAUGUUAAGCAAAUUUUUUUCGCUUACUUAUCCUUUCUUAAGUCUCAUCCCAUGCGACUGGAGCCAAGAAACAGCCUCUCCAGUGAUGAAUGAAUUCGCUGCUAUAAUUCAUUAUUGUGUCUGACGCACGCGGUCUAGGUUCUAAUGUGAUACUCAGAAGGAGCUGCUAAGGCGCACUAGCAAAAGAAAGACGCAUUUUGGAGAGAAAUCCCUUAUACAACAAAAUUUUACUCAUUAAAAAAUUCAAAGCAGUAGGUUGAGUAAGCCAAUGGAUAGUUUAUUGCGCCGGUUUCGAUCAUGUGAAAGAUCUGCUUUUACCGGUAUAUGGCCCUUACAACAUUCCCGAAUCCCUACGUCCUCGUGUCAUUCAAGCCGUGAUGGGACUUCCAUGUGACCAAAAUUGUAGACAGUUUUGGGUUGAUUGUCAGUCAUUUCAAGAAUUGCACCUUGUUAGGGCCAAAUUGGUAAGUCCUACUUGGCUCUUGAAAGGGCCAAAUUGAAAAAAAGUUCCAAAGUAGAAUUCAUUUGGGCCAAUUCAGAUUUUGGAGGGGUCGAAAUGAUACCUGUUCGACCCGUUCUCCAGAAAUGGUACCUGUCCGACCCGUUCUCCGAAAUCUCUGAUUUCAAUGCAGUAUGAGAACUUUCAUUAGGUUGGUUAAGAAGCAUUAGAUUUUUCAUAUUUGAUAUUUCCCAUUUUUCAAAAUAACUUGUCAUUUAAUUUGCUCGUUUGUUCACCUGGUUUUAUUUUAUUUUGUUUUGACGGUUUUUACUAAGAAUAUAUGAAAGUCAUAUAUUUGAACUGUGGAUAAAGACGUGAAUAUGAAAGCGAUCCUCGCAGUAAUGUGUACCACUUGAACAGUAGUGAAAAUAAGACCUGAAAAAAAUUCAGCCUUGUACGGGAUUUGAACCCAUGACUUCUGCAAUACCGGUGCAGCGCUAUACCAACUGAGCUAACAAGCCAACUGGAAGCUGGUCAUUAUGUUAGGUCCAAAUAAACCCGUGAAGUGAUAAAUGCACAGCUAAGAAUAUAUGAAAGUUAUACAUUUGAACUGCGGAUAAAGACGGUAUCGCAGAAAUCAUAUAUAUAUUAGUAGUAUGUAAGUAGUAUGUAUGUAAUGAAAGUAGUAUGUAUGACAAAUGCAGUGAGGUUUAAACCGUUAAAAUGAGCAAAUGCCAAGCAAAUGCCUCGUGUAUUAAUUCUCAGGUCUCCUACAACUGCUCUUGGAACCCUAAUUAUGUCGUUGAUGGUUUCAUUUGUGAAGGUACGUUUGAUUUCUUCUUGAUUUUCAAGGCGGGUGUUAGAUAAACUCGGCCUAAAACGCAGCUGCUCAAGUGGCAAUGAGUUGGUCCUACGUAAGUUAUGCUAUGUAUUAUUUGGAUUCGCCUAAAGCUCUUCUUUUAUGCGCCGCUAGGGAAACAGGAGACGAAAAUUCAGGCAUCCUUCUCUCCACAAAAUUUAUUUUCUUUGGUUUCCAUAUCACGCUAUUGGCCUCUACGGCUACAAAUGUCCUAAAGAAGUCUCGUUUUUCGUGUUAUUAAUUACUUAAUUCCUGAGCGCUACAUCUGAUUGUGAACUGCUAGACUUAUCGGAAAAAAAAGAAGACCUUUGAUCGUUUAUUUUCAUGAUUAAAUUGUUUUCAUAGUUAUCACUUACCUUUGCAGCCGAUCCUUACUAUGACUGCAAAAGCCUAAGUGAUGCCGAUAGAAUGAGAUAUUACGUAACACCCAGUUAUCCAGUGCUUUGUGAGGACCGAUUUUCUAAGGGAUGGUAUCGUUUUGUGGGAGAAGCAGGAAUAAAAACCCCAACAAACCAUGUGGCACGAUUCGGAUGUGGUACAGUUUAUUGAGGCUGGUUGGAUGGUGCUCAUCCUUCAGUAGAAGAUGGCGAAGUUUCCAAGACAGUCUGCUUUACUUCUACCCCUACAUCUUGUAAAGACACAAAGGGAAUUUUUGUGAAGAACUGUGGAUCAUACUAUGUCUACAAACUUUUUAAGCCCCUAGGCCGUUAUAUGCGCUACUGUGGCACAAACUAAGUGUGAAAUAAUUAAUUUCGUGAAAUAACAGGAUUUGCAAAUCAAUCCUUGGUUUUAUGCACUACAAUUUCAGUCCCCCUCUAUGAAUCUCACUCAUACCUACAGGACGAUCUCCUCCUAAAAUUGUAAUACCAUUUGCAAAUUCUCAAAACAAAUUUACGUGGAACACUGUGGAUCCAACUAUACCCAAGAAACUUUACGGCCACCUCGUCGUGUGUCGCGCUAUUUCGCUACUGACUGAAUGAGAAACAAUAUGUUUCACCAACUAUAAGAGGAUUUAUAAAUCGAUCGCUUUGAAUUGCACAUUAUAAAGAUUUUAUUCCUUAUAAACACAAAUACUUAACGGCUGACAACAUUAAACACGGGAAAAAGAAGAAAAGAAACAAAAAAAGGAAAAUCUGCAGUAGUGAAAUCCAAAACAAACAGUAACAUUAUUCAGCAUGAGACCGUCCGUCUUCAGAAGACGAUGGGAUAGUGCCACUGUGUUUUUUUGGCAUCUACACGAGUGGCUGUAGAAUCCAACACGCGUAAGCAGUCCCUGCUGCAGGUGUCGCAUGUGAAAACAGACGCUUGCUGAGGUUGCUGACAAAAAUGCCACCCACCUGAGUCUCUAUUCAGCGAGAUGUACAGUCCUCGUCUUCUCUGAUUUAAGAACGCCCUGUUUGACAGCGAUGUGCUAAGCUGAGAGAUCUUCUACCCAUGUUACCCAUGUGUCUGUGUUGAUAUUUUCAAGUCUCUUUUUCACACGUCUUUGUAGCGUAAAUGUGAGCUCCCUGUGGGUCUUGAGCCUUCUACCAGCUCACCAUACAGAAGAUCUAUGGGGAUGCGGCCUAGGUUUAUUCUCUUCACGUGGCCAAACCAUCUGCGGCUCCUUUUGUGGAGGAUGGAGUACAUGCCGCUCAUGUUGACGCGUUCUUGGACUUCUGUGGAAGCUGUUGGAUUUCCUCUCAUGCCUUGCGUAAGUGGUUCACGCUUCGAAAUACGUAGUAAGAGUGGGAAAUUUACUGAAAGUGACGAAAAAGCCCCAAUUUCUGAUAAUCAUAUGAUAAUGAUUAAUAAUUCGAAUUUAUCUUCGUAUUUUCGUAUUUUAAAGAAUCACACCAGUUUCCAGACACAAGGCCAAAAGUUAGAUAGUUAAAAAUGAUUCAGCCCGGUUUUCGAAUGCUUUUCAAAACCAUGCCAGAAUAGUGGUAAAAAAUUAUGGCUUGAUUCAGAAUCUUCUUUGUUUGACUCACGUUUUUAACGCAUUUGCUACCAUAGUUUGCUGAGAGAGAUCCGAGAAUUUUUGCUAAGAGAUUUGCUCUUAGAACUUUUUACUCGAAAUUUAAUUUUUUUGCGACGAAAAAGUAUGCCUUAUAAUCAUAUUUCAAUUUGUCUAUUUUAGAGCGAGAGCGCGAAAUGGUGUUUCCGGACUACUACUUCUUUGCUGAAAGAUAUUUGGUAAACCACACCAUUGAAAAGAAACGUGUCAAUAACUUGGAUGACUGUGAGCUAAUGUGCUACCUGAACGACGACUGAAACGAUUUUUUAUUUACUUUGAAUGUUCGACGCCUUUCUAUGGUAAAAUAAGAGCAGUUCAUAUGUAUGUCAAAUGCUUAAUAUAGUAACUGCAAGGAGAGCUCAGAAAUAAUAGCUUAAUUGAAAGUUACCACCAGAGAACACUAAAAGCAGGAAGCCUUUUAACAAAUUGAGGUUUUUGCGAAUUGCUGAGUUCCUAUGGCUCUUUGAUAGAAACCAAAAUGCUUUUGUCUUUAGUUGAUAUUUUACUCAUGUAUUUUUUUCCUCUGUUUCUUUCUAAUUUUACGACAGAUACCGAUAAAUGCAUUCACUGGCAAAUGCCACAAGGAGGCUACGUGUUAUAUCACAUGCGGAUCAUACGUGUGCACAUGCAAGUCUGGAUUUAUCGGAGAUGAGCAUGAUUGUACACGUAACCGUCAAUAGUCUCAAAAACCGUUAGAUUCUUGUUGAAUAGUAUAAUCAGAUUUUGUUUGGUUUGUUAUUUGUUGAUGUUUAUUUUGGUAACGUGGCAAGCCAUGUUUUAAUUCUUCAAAAUAGGUGAGACAGUUACUCGACUAAAAGUUAUUGCGAGAUAACUCGUUUUCACCAGGUACGACAAUCUCGCGUUCUCCGCAAUCCGGCAAAAGGUUGAAAACAGCCAUGGUUUUUACUCUUAAACACGGUAAUGGCUUAUCCACCGCAAUUUUUGCAUCACUUUGAAAUCCCAAUUUUUUCAUCUGUGAUUUCAUAGACGUUGACGAGUGUAAAGGAAACCACUCUUCUCACGAGAAUGCAAACUGUACCAACACCAUGGGAUCACAUGUAUGCUACUGUCAGCCUGGAUAUACUGGAAAUGGACAAAACUGCACAGGUGAAUUUGAUGUAUUUCGUUCAGUAUUAUAAAAGUGCAUCUCAGCGGACCGGAAAAGAGCAACAUCUACUCCAUGGUAAUCAACAUUGCUAGGAAAUAAGAUCCGUAGUGAGUUGUUUUACACCGCCUUCAAUCAUGUUACGGGUUCCUUAAAUUGUGUUUCAUUGUUGCAUAUGAAUAUCUUCGAUGCUUUUUUUUAUGCUUUUGGAUCUUACAAUAAUUACAGACGGCGGCGUGAGACGAAAUCACUUGUCUUACUUUGAACCUUAGAGCUAGAAGGCGGAAAGCUUCGUAAAUGUGUUAAAACGAAAAUAAAGAUAAAAAGAAAAAUUCAAUGCAUGUAUAUUUUGAAACAAAACGUUGGUGAUCGGUGACGUAAUUUUUAUUGACUGCCCGUUGAAAUAUUACGAACUCUUGCAAUCAAAAUAAAUAAAACAAAAUAAAAAAAAACUUUAAUGUAAUUAACAAGCAUGCUCCAUAAUAAGAGCCUGAAAAUAUUUUUUUCAUUGCAUCUCACUAUCAGUAUGGCUGACUUUUUAUCGUUUCAGGUUGUCGUUGAUCUCAGUUUUUUUUUUUUUGUACAAAAUCUUUUUUGUGUGUGUAACAAAAAUUGGCGUUGAAAUACUGUUAAAUUUUGUGACCUUGAGUUUCAUUUAUUUGUAUUGGCAAUCGCUAUAUCUCUUAUUUUCAAUCUUCCUGACUCGUACUUCGCAUGGGCGAGGGAUGACGUAUCUAUUCCCUCUAAACUAGUCCCAAGUCGACGUUCAAAAUUCGCGGGUGUACUUUAAUCACCCGCGUCCUAGAAAUCGGCAAUGUUGGCCGCUCAGAAAGCUUUUGGUAGUAAACAAAAGUGUAUUUCCAGACUUUGCAAUCCAUAACAAAAUAUAAUUAUUUCAACUAAGGUGAUAAUCUUGCUUCAUAAUUAGGGCCUGAAACUAUUUUCAUGAUACAACUAUUUGAAUCGAUAAAUAACCCAGUUUAGUUCCAUGUUUUCGAAGUAACAUUCUGGUAAUUUCAAAAUAAACAUUGGCGUUAAAAGGUUACAGAAGAUUGCUGUGACACUGAUAUUAUUUCCUUUAGCUUGUAAUGACAUUUAUUGCAGCUUGAUCUUGACGUAGUAUGUACAUUAUCUUUCAGACAUUGACGAAUGCAGUGAGGCUCAUCCUUUGAAAGCGAAAAAAUGUCAUCCGAAUGCCUAUUGCAUUAAUACUCAGGGCUCAUACAAAUGCUCUUGUAGUACCACAUUCAUUGGGAAUGGUUUUGAAUGCAAAGGUACUUUUGAUUUCUUAAAAACUUCUUAACUGGAUAGUUUUAAUUUUCUGUCAUGCCUUUUUUUUCUAUUUAGGGUUGGGAUUAAAUAUACUUUUAAUUCAUUCCAGUCAUAUUUUAAAAUGUGUCAUGAUUAUGUAAAUUAUGUUACCUGUAUGUUUAACACGCCACUUUGCUAAUACUGCGUGCAAAUGAAUGCUGUGACUUGCCAACCCAGUACCAGGUGUCUCAGCGAGAUAAAAAAAGGGUUAAAUUUUAAAGUUGUACGUUUGUAAUCUUUGUCCCUUUCCGUGAUGAGCCUCUGCUGGGCCGUGGAGAUCUUUGAUCUGUGUGGCAUGGGAAUAUAAAAAUGACCAUAGACAUCUCAAAAGGAACACAAUUUAAAAGAAAAUAUCUUAUUCAGAAUUCGUGUUUAGGCGAAGGUAUUUGAUAAGUUCGUGCAGAACUCCGAAAAAAUUGUCAUUCAAUGUUUCUUUGCACCUUCCACUCCAUUCUGAUCAAGGUAGUCCGUUUGCAGCCCAAAUGAAAAUUAAAUAUGCCGAAGAACACUCAAUUCGACAAGUAGUCGAGAUCUUCAAAGACUAAAAUGCGACAGAAUUAGCUUUGGGAUAACGAAAAAUGCAAUCUCAAAAGCGAUAAGGACACUGGCUGGAAUACAGAACUUGUAAACUUCAAGUGAUGCUUUGCGAGAUUUGGGCCAUUAUUUGGACCAGUACAUACUAUUCAAGUGUUGAUGUGUGCUUAAGGCGUUGUUCAUUUGAACAUUUUCUUUCUUUCAAUUACUCAGCUUUCACAGUUUUUAUCGCAACCCUACGCGAUGAUAUGGCCGUCAAGUCAUGUAAACAACGAUUCCAAGAAAGUGAACUAUCGGAAGAAAUGUAAAUGCAAGAAAUUCUUUGGUUUUUGUUUCUGAACGGUCGAUGUUAGCAUCUCUUUGAACAUAGAGAUAUCUCUCAGUAAUUUUACCUUACUUUUAAUAGAUAGCUUCUGGUAACAUGCGUCUAUCUGGUAACACCAAAAAUACGAUGUUAAGAAAGAAGGGACUCUAAUUAAGAUCCUUUUUUCCUUAAAACUAAUAAAAUUUUUCUUACCAACUAUUUAGUACAUGGCUUUUGACUUGGAAAAAAGAAAAAUUUACUCAAGCGAAAGUCGUCAAUCAACAUCCGGCGAUGCAUUCAACUAUCCAUUUACCGACUCAAACCCGCGGUAAAACUAUGCAAUCGGUGAAAUGCACCAUUGUCACGUAUACCAUCAGAGAGUACAUUUAUUUUCCGGAAAAAUGAUUUCAUUUGCAGCCUUAAAAAAGACUGGUAUCAAUGGAGAAGUGAAACAACUUGAUGAGAAAAUAUUUGUGAGACUUUCAAGACAAUUGGAAAUGGUCAAUUGGAAAGCAUACAGAAAAGACAUAAAUUUUCUGCAAAAUAAUCCAAACUCGCACGGCUAUCUGGGAAAAAAAUCCCAAUGUUUCGGAAUGCACUGCUCAUAAUAUAUUUCAGUCCACAAUUUCGCUUUGGGCAUCAAAUCUUCGCCUCCUAAGAGCCUUAUGGAUGAACUUCACGAGCCUUUUGAACAUCUAAUAUUACAUAUAAUCAGAAAUACUGCUUCUAACAAGAACCGCUCGACUGUUUACAUUUGAUGUUACUUAGUGGUAACUGAUUUUUAAUCUGCUUGUGUAAUAGCGAGGAAACUUACUGAUGAAAACUGCUGAACUAGCUGUGACAAAAAUUAAUAUUUCGGUAGUUGUUGUGAAUUCAUGGAAUGCGAUAAUCUAUAAUUUUUUUCGCGGUAUUCUGCUAAGGAUGCAUGAGAGAUCUACCAAUGGCGUUAUUCACUUAGCGAUUGAAGCUUUGUAUAUGUCAUGGUAAAUUAUAAAGGCUCUUUACUUAAGGCCGCAAAGGUUACCAGCUGGUAAGUCAAAAACCACUUCAUUACAAAAUUUAUUAAGGAAACAUUUUAUCGAGGUUUUACCAUGUCACUGACAGCUUUUCAAUGCGAGUUUUAACGGUUUCUUAUAUUAGAUGUAGGAUUGAACGAAUUCUUGUUUGUUUACCUCGUCCACAAUCUUAAAAAAUAACUUAAAACUGUGUAUUCGCUGUUCUUCACAACUUUAAAUACUUGUAGUUAAAUUUACUCCUCAGACACCUCAUUGACCUUUGUCGCUUUCAUGCGCUCGAGUUUUCGAAAAAAGGAAGAGAGCAGUCGCGGUACAUGCGUGACAUUUUUGCUCUUCCUAAUGUGCAUAAUCUAGUGUUAGCUCGUGGGCAUUAGCGCUGUAUGAUGCCUUGCUCUGAUCUCGCUCUUAGCCAAUCAGAGCGUGCGUUAUAUCGGCAACAAAUUAAAGCCAUAUUAGGAAUAGUUAUUAUCAUUCUCGUGAAAUGCAAAGUCUACUGCUCUUGAUAAACUGCUGCAAUUAUAUGAAUAUAGACAAAAUAUAUUUUAUCAUUGAUUCCAAUGACUAUAAUGCUCCUAAAAGUAUCAUUUUUCUUUGUAGCUGAUCCUUGCCAUCAUUACUCAAACCUGAGUGAAGCCAAUCGAAACACAAAAACCGAAACAAAAGAAGUUUUGUGUGACAGCCAACUCCGUAAGGGAUGGUAUCGUUUUGUAGGAGCUGCAGGAACAAGAAUGCCAACAGAGCGUGUGCAAGCAUUCAGGUGUGGCACUAACUGGCCAGGCUGGUUGACGACUACUCAUCCUACAGUGGAAGAUGGUGAAAUUCGCGGGAUGGUGUGCUUUAGUGAUCGCUCUACUGGUUGCCAAUACUCUAAAAAGAUUUUUGUAAAAAAAAAUGUGGAUCCUACUUCAUCUACAAUUUUUUUUCAGCCACCAAAUUGUGAUUCGCGCUAUUGUGGUACGGACUGAAUGUGGAGCGAAAAAUUUCAAGAAAUAAGAGGACUUAUUGAUCCUCAGGUACACGUGCUUCAGGGAUUUUGCUUCUAUGGAUUUUAUACGAUGUUGAUGUCCUGUUAACUUGCGAAAAACAAAUGCAUUGAAUUUCACAUUUUACAAAUCAUCUCUUUCGUAAGAACAAUCACAAAUAAUCAAUUGCUGCUUAAAGAACUAAUAGCAAACAAAAAAGAAAUUAAUAGAAAGGAUAAUGCUUAAAUAGUGAAAUCCUAGACAAGCAGGAACACUAGUCUGCAUGAUGACUGGCAAAACAUGGCGAAACUGUGUUCCCGAAACGCUAAAAACUGACAUACAGGACGCAGUGUAUAGCACGGUUUGAUAAUUUUCGUUUCAGUUUAUUUCAAAAAUUAGAUGCCGCUUUUUGCUAGUGCUUAUGAUGUGUUCAGUCUGAUAGUUGCUUUAAAAACAAAGCAACACGGUUAUGUAAGGACUAGUGUGGGUAGAUGCUAUCUAUUGUGAGGCAGUAAGGUAUGGCAUGGAAGUUUAACUGUUUUUAUCGCAGUUUCACACUAAAAUGAAAAUUUUCCAGGUUGAAAAGUUUUGAAGGAAAUAUAUUACCCUUGUUCCAAUCCUUUGAAACCAUUAGUUAUGUUAUGGAAAAGAAAUCCCAAAUGCCAGUGUUAAGUAUUUUGGGUUUAGGUUAGCGUGAGGUUUAGAAUAUAGGAAUGAAGUAGCGAACGAUUCCCCAGUCAAGUAUUUAUCUUCUGUGCCCGAAAGGAAAUUUAAACGCAUAGCAAAUGAGAUAAAUAGUUAUAAACACUGGUCAUUCAAUUCACGUAUGGGCCUGAAUUUUUUUUUUUCAGGUCCUAUUUCCAACCAGUAGUUCAGUAGUGUUUUUAGCUGCGAGGAUCUCUUAAUUUCGUUUGUUCACCGCAGUGCAGAUAUAUGAAUUUCAUGUCUAAAAUCAUCACUCAUAAACAUUAUUUCUUUUUAAACCUAAAAAAAACUAACGUAAAUCAAAGAUGAUCUACUCAGAGGAAACUGAGAUAGGUUAAAACAUUUUUGUCGGUCAGCUUUUUAAGCGUUACAUGUGUUAAAAGAAGAGAAUCGUGCAAUCAAUCAUUACGUUUUAGAGAAAUUGUGCAACUUUUUUAUAUGCUCAUCUUACCUGGAGCAAUCUCAACUGAGUGUCGUAAAGUUAACAUUUGAUGAAAUGCAGUGUAUGUAAUGUACCAAAGAUCUGAUUGCGAAAAAACUAUGCUAAAAUUCCAGCAGAUUCAUAAACCAAGCCGGGUGCAGUGACUUUCAAACGCCUGAAAACGGAUCAGUUCGCUAUGAAUGCCUUUAUAACUAGUUCACUAUUGAUAUGUAAGGUCUUCACUAUUGACAUACGCAAGUAAUAUUGGCUUUCACGAUCGUAAACUAGAGACAAUAGAGGAAUAGAAAUAAGUCAUGACUUUUGCCACUCGAUUGAAAACUGUUCACCAGCUUGAAUAAGGCUAAAUCACGAUAAGACGGAAUUCAAUAUCAUCGGAACGAGACUACUCGCCAAAGUCAACAUAGACUCCAUGCAGGUUGGUGAAAGCAGCAUCGCCCCAACCAGCAGAGUCAAGAACCUAGGCUGCUGGUUCGAUGGACAACUUAAGAUGGAUACUUCUGUAAAACCACAUUUUUCCACUUAUACAACAUUAGAAAGAUAAGAAAAUUUCUUAACUUUGAAUGUACAAAGAUUCUAGUAAAUACUUUUUAACUAGUCAUUUGGAUUUCUGUAACAGGCAAGUAUGUGGGUUGCCUAACAACCAACUACAUAAACUACAGAGAAUCCAAAAUGCGGCCGCUCGCCUAAUCUGCAAUGUAGGUCGUUUCGAACACAUCACCCCCCAUCACUGUACAGGCUCCAUUGGCUACCCAUUAACUAUAGAAUCCAGUUUAAAAUCCUUCUUUUUGUAUAUAAAGCCCUCAACGGUAUUGCUCCCCCUUAUAUAUCUGAACUUGUAGAACUUAAAACAGCCUCAAGAUACAAUCUCAGAAACUCUGAUGAUACGCUUUUACUGAGUAAUCCUUCUUUUAAGAGUCGUAUCAUAUUAGGUGACCGCUCAUUUAAAUAUGCAGGGCCUAAACUGUGGAACGAGCUACUGAGAGACAUACGUUAUGCCAAUACUGUACAUAUUUUUAAGCGUCUCCUCAAAAAUCACCUGUUUAGGAAAGCCUAUCUGCUUAAUAAUGUUUAAUAUCUGCAUCGGUUUAAUAAUGUUAUGAUAGUUAGGAUUUUAAUGAUUAGAAAAAUUGUAAUGAUUAUAAAUACCAUAGUUUUAAUAAUAUCACAUAUGUGGAGAUUUUAAUGAUUAAAAAAAUUGGUAAGAUUGUAAAUACUAUACUUGCAAUGAUCAGGAUUGUAAAGAUUGUAAUGAUUGUAAUGAUUGUAAAGACAGUGCUGUAAGAUUAUUUUAUUGAAAUGUGCGUGUGAGCAUCUGCAUAUGUAACACGCGCAAUAUAAGUAAAUAAUUUUUUUUUUUUGAAUUGCAUUAAGUGCGUACAUGUAUAGGCUUCCGCAGUAAGGAUUGCUUAAUACAACUUUACUUACUCCUUGAUUUAUUUUCAAGGCAAUUCUCAUAAUACAAGCAAUGCUAGUGUUAAAUUGUAAUUAGUCACCUAAUGGUACCUAUAUGGCCCAUUGUUUUUUUAAGAAGCUUAAAAUAAUUACGUUUAUUACUCACAAUCUUCUGUAACCCACCUGUUCACAUCAGGUUGUUGAUAAAAAAUUAAUUAAUUAAAAAAAUUUUAAAAACCCCGUGAAAUUGCUUAUUGUUUUAAGUGUCCUUGUCACCAAAUAAACUUAAAUCAAGAAAUAUAGACGUUAAAUGAAAGAAAUGUUUUGCUCACGCUUGAUUCCGAGUUUAUUUUUUACAACGAGACGUGACGUUCAUUUGUAGGCCUCAAUAUUUCUUUUAAUUUUUAUUUCGUGUCUAAACUCUCUACCAAUAAGGGAUUAUUUUUAAUUUGAAUCAAUAUAAGUGAGUUGUGCGCGGUUCUAGAUGUUGAUUAGGAACAUUUAGCUGGUGAAUUUGGAAAAUUUGAGACUGAAAAGAUUUAGCGUUUAAGGCGUGAUCACAGUGAUAAAAUUUCACGCUGUGACUACGCCUGUGAUGAUAGCUUGAACAAAAAGGAAUAACAUAUAUGACUUCGACUCCUUUAGGAGGCAGUAGUCACACGAAUUGCGAUUAGAAAUCACGAGUGGAAAGCUUGAUCACAGACUGGUAAUUGGAUGUGAUCACGGCCUGGGAAGCCUCAAGAUCCCAAGAUGCUUCUGUGUGAUGAACACGUCCCUAAUGUGUUUGAGAAUGCCCUUGAAACAAAUAAAAAUGCUAAAAAAAAGAAAAUUAAAAUAAAAAAAUAGAAAAACAGCGGUCAUUUAUUAUAUCUGCUAAAUUUCAAUCGAUGAAGAGAUAAUGCUGUUAAAUAGGCGUUCAGUGCUUUUAGGCAUUUAAUAAUUUUUCAGAACAAAAUGUCAAGUAAUUAAGAACCCAACAUGGCUAGCUCACACCAAUAAGGCUGAGGUUUAUUUCAGCGACCGCAGAACGUACUGGAAGUAGCCCCUAUACAUCAUUUUAUUAUUACAGUUGAGUUCUUCAAUGCUAUAAAUCUGCUGUUAAGGAAUAGUCAGUAUUCUUCACCACUGAAAUAGUGUGAGUAAUUUCACAUGCUAACUUUUGAUUUCGCCGAUGAUUUUUUUUUCUUAUUGUAACGCUAUGAACAAAAUGAAUUUGAAAGUUCUCUUAAUGAUGUAUUAGAUAAAUCAAUUUUCAGAUAUACCGUAAGGUUGGAGAAAAAUCCACUUAAAUCCAUUUGUAAACUCGCUGUUUUCAGAGCUGAGGGACGUAUUAUUUAUUGUGAACUGAACCUUCGCCCAAAUUUUAUCGCACCCUACAUUCCCACCCAUCCAUCUUUUCAUAACGGCGAAACGUUAAAACAGUUUUAUGCGCUAAAAACAAUUGGUCUCAAAGCUAACCGAAGUAAAUGCAUACAACAAACAUUUCAAUUACGCUUUGUUGAAUUUCCGUAGCAUUUAACUAACCAGGAGACGUUUACUAUGUGACAGUUUUUUGCUCCAUUGAACCAGAAAUAUUUGGGGUCUACCAUGAAAAAUCUUGAAAACAGAAGAGGCAUUCUUUCGAUAUAAAAUCUCUUUUGGAAACAAUAUACCAGCCAAUGGAUCAUUUUAAAACGACUGUGCGCAACAACUGUCAAAAGAUCGCGUGACAUACGUGUCGCGAACGAUGAUCUCAGUGUGUCGUCACAGAAAAGCUUAGAAAUACGCAGUCAUGAUAUAGUCUUUUGUAGACUGGAAAUGGAUAAUUGUGUACAUUUCCUGCUGCGGCGUCAGUUGAUUUUAUUAUGCUGACCCAUGUGAUUGUGAAAAGACAUUUAUUUGUAAAUGAAGUUGCAAGUUCGUGAGCCAAAACCGUAUCAGUAACCACAGCAACAACUUGGUGCGGUACCUUAAACGAAUCGAAGAGUGCUUGAUCUCUCUGGCAAGACACGCUGUACGGGUGUCCGGUCCAAAAUUGACAGAGUAUUAAAACUUAAAAAGCCUCAGGGGACAAGUACAACAAUUGGAUAACUUCUUCGUUUUUUAAAUAUUAUAACAAUAAGCUAAUUUUUGGCAGUAAUAUUUGAUUUCUUCCCAUUUGAUUCUCGUUCGAAUUAUAGAGUUUACGUAAGUAAAAAUUUUUCAACCAGAUAAGUCGCAUCAUUUUUUCCUUGUGGAAAAAAUGUACACUUAGACAAAAUUCUUGAAAGCCACCAUAUCGAUAUGUUUUUUCCAACGUUUGAUCCACUUUACGGAAUAGUGAUAUAAACUAAUUAUGUAACGACGAUUGUUCUUGUAUUUAGCUGUUUGUAUAAGCAAUAGACCGCACUUUCUAUCGGUUUACUAGCGUAAAAAUCCUUGCAGGAUGUUGGGAGAACACGAAAAAAAUUGUAUAAAUCACCACCCGGGAGCCAUUAAAAAAAAUGGGUUAUUUCGCUCGUUAUCCGAAGGAGAGAGCAGUCUUUUGAUUUUUAUAAAGUAAACUUAAAACCAAACCCAUUAUGUUCAAAUUUUCCAAGGGUUUGGCAAUGCACUAAAAGGUCAAUUUUUUACCUAUCAGAGUGCCUGUAGUAUUUAGGUUAUUUUGCAAUGACGUCACGAUUUAACAAUGAAAUGGCAUUUCAGUUUUGCUUUUACAAGAUGUUAUGGCAAACGUGUCAAUAACCCCUUGGAAAUCUGGGGGAGGGUGCGAAUAGUCCAAGAGUGCUGAGGGUGGAUCGAUCGAGUUCUAAACUGAAAUGAAAAACGUUCAAGUUAGCGCGCUUUCUGAUGAAGAAGUAAAGGAAAUAGUAAAUGUUUUAAUGACUUAGAACCGAGAUUGGUUCAAAGGCUCGAAAUAGCCAAUAAUGACCCCACAAAACAUAGGAAAUUAACUUUUUCGAAGACCAAAAUGUCCGACCCAUCGGAUUGUAAAAACUAAAUAAAAUGUGACCUUCACAAAAACUCAUGGCUUUUAAAGGAGUCUUUACCAGGUUAGAUCUCUUUAGCGGAGUCAGAUUACCUUAAAUUUUUCAUUGAAUCUUUAUUAAGUCAUAAGAUAAAUAAUCACAUAUCCUAUGUUACAACAUUAAAAGAAGGUAUAUAUAUAAAUUACAGAGAAAAUCAAGAUAAAAAUUAUAAGACUAGAUUAUGUUUAAAAAUUAAGCGAUUAACAAACGUGUUUUUGAACCUAUCAGUGUUUAUUUUAGGAUGGUGACUUGUCUCUUUCCUCAGAUUGUACUUGGUUAAUUUCUUUUUUGGCAUUAUAGCUCUUAAAGGGUGUAUUGUAUUAUUAAAAACAUUCUUGAAGAUACGCGUGUCCUGUUGAACUAACAAUUCAUAAACAUUAAUGUGAUCGGAUGUAUACUUGCGCUUAUAACAUCGAUCUAAGAAACAUUGGAUUGUUGUUAAUUCGAAUUUACAGCACCAAAUACGGACAACCCGUAUAAUAUAUUUGGUAGAACCAGAUUUAGAAACAGAUGGUCUAUUUCGGCCUGAUUGUACCCUUCUUUCCUUAAAGAUCUUAAAAUGAACAGGCACUUGUUUGCUUUAAUUAGUUUUUCCCGAAUAUGUGUUAUGAACCUACUGUCUUCCUGAAAUGUUACCCCUAAAAUAGUAAGCUCUUUUUGUCUGUGGUAUUCCAGACACCAUCGGAAACUCUAUUGUACAACCUUUCUUGCGGAAAAUGAUUUCCUUGCACUUAGAUGGAUUGCUACACAUACCAUUACUUCUAGACCACUGGGAAAACUGAUUAAUCAGUGCGAUAGAAUUGUCAUUAUCACCUAUCACAGGCGAGAUAAUGGUUGUAUCAUCUGCAUAUUUUACCAGCACGCUCUUAUUGUCCAAGUGUAUCUCUAAAUCACUGAGAAAGACAUUGAACAAGUGCGGCCCGCUGACACUUCCUUGGGUGGUACCUUUGUUGACACUUUUCCAUUUUCCAAUAAACCCAUUUCUAAUGACUCUCUGCUGCCUGUCUUCCAAAAAAGCUUAGAUACCAGUUAACUAUAAAAGGAUUUAGGGGAGUUGCUUCAAUUUGUGUGAGAGGGAGAUCGUGUUUCACACUAUCAAAAGCCUUGCUGAAAUCCAUAGCGAAUAGGCGUACCGCUUUGCACUCUGGGAUAUCAAGAUAUUGAUUGACAGUAUGUUGGAUAGUCAGUAGAGCAUUGGUACAGCUCCUCCCCUCUAUGUAUGCAAACUGUGAGAUCCCAGAAUGUUCAUCGAAGGUCUCCCUUGCGUGUGUUCCUAAGACAGCUUUCUCAAAGCACCUUGCGAUGACAGGUGUCACAUUUAUUCCGCGGAAGUCUGAUAUUCCCUUAGGUAUAUCAACCUUCGGCAAAAGGUACAGGUCUGACUUUUUCCAAGAGACAGGCCAGGCGUGUGUUCUAAGAGACAGAUUCCAAAUCCAGGUGAUCACUGGAACGAAUAGCUCGGCGUGGUCUUUCCAUAUAGUAUACGGGAUGCCAUCUGGUCCGGUUGCUGUUUUCUUUAUACGCAUAAGAGAAUUCAGGACUUGUCGCUCUGAGAUUUCUGGGACUUCCUGAUCUUCACUAAUCUCCAGAGGUGUUGGCUUUCUGUAGGCGUGGUCAGUACAUAGGUCACCAAAGUAGUCAUUUAACGCGUUGAGUUCGUAGUGGCCAAGAGAUAGACAAAUCACCGGCUUGCGGCGCUGAGAUGUUUUAUCCACUUUUUCCACCAAUCCCGAGUUCCAAUAGAGGCGUUAAAGUCCCUUCUGUUUCUGAAAAUCACUUCAGAGAUCCUUUUAUUCAUAACUUUAAGACGGUCUAGAUUACUGAGUGAUAUGCGUGAUUUGGCUCGUAUCAUCGAUCGAACGAGCGGAGUCAUCCAGCCUGGGUCUCUUGAAGACAUGCGCACUGUUUUCAGAGGCAUGCAGCUAUCCAGGUGCCCUAGGAUGGUAUUUUCGAGCCUACCAACCACUUCAUCGACAUCAGUUUCCUGUAUCAUAUCAUCCCAGUUUUCCUUCGCCAACGCGAUAUACAGAUCACGCUUUCUAUGAGCCCUUUGGUCACGCACGUAUACUUUACGGCGGAUAGGUGGAAGCUUUAUACCGGGUGGUAAAAUAACUCCCAUGUGAUCCGUCUUGGAGAGCAUGUGAAAGGGAUAGCACUUUGAAAAGAGAUCCGUGCGGUUCGUGAAACAGUUGUCCAAACAAGAAUUCCCUCUGGUGGGGAAAUUAACCAGAGCAUUCCAACCAGACAUUUCUUCGAAGCGUUUGAUAUCCAGUUUGUUGACAUCGCCACCGCACAACACAACUGUUUGUGGAUGUUUGUCUAGUAUAUUAUCCACGGUAUUUACAAGAUGAUUCAUUAGAUCGAUCUCUGCAUAAUUAAAUUUUGGGGGAUGAUAAAUUCCACAUAUUACAAAUCGAUGUCCCUUGGGAAGUCGCAGAGUUAUACAAAUUAAUUCAUAAAGACUAGAGCGGUAAACAUCCUCUACUGCAAGAUUGUUCCUGAUGUAUAUAGCAAUCCCACCCUUAUUGCGCAUAUCUCUGCCAUUCCAAUUUCUGUCUCUACGAAAGAUGGAAUAGUUCUCAAUAUUUACAAUCGCAUCCGGUUGUGCCGGUUUGAGGUGUGUUUCCGAUACGACACAAACAUCAAUAUCUUUAGAUCGCAAGUCAGCCUCAAGUCCAACCGCCGCACGCACUUUGUUCUUAGUUUUUGCGAGACUGCAAAUAUUGAUGAACAUACACUUGGGAACGGCAAACUCCGAGCAAUCGGUAGAUGAUUUAGUAGGCUCUCGAGGAAUAGCUGUAAGAUAUCUGUUCUUAGCGGGAUCUUGGAAGCGAUAAGGUCUAGCAAACCGCCGGGUUUUAACAACUUCAAUGGGUCGACAUCUGUCGGAGUGUUGCGAUGCAGAGAUAUUUUUAGUAAUUUUCCCCAAUCUUCGUAAUCCCGGACCUCUGUAAAAUGAUCCUGAAUUAAUUCAACGAAGCUUAACCAAAAGUUCCAAAAUAGAGUGAUUACAGGAUUAUGGUCCUCAUCGUCAGGUGAGUGUGUGACAAAUAAAGUAACCUACCAUGUCACGUAUCUGUAUAAUUGUUAGAGGUGAUUGGAGAGAUGCGCGCCCUCUGAUUGGUCGAGGAUUGCGUCUUACCUCGCUAUAAUCGACUCGUGCGAGAUGAUUAUAGCAGAGACUCGCGUUUUCGUUAUGUUUCCGCGAAAGUGAUAAACGUAUUAAAAGAAAAUUAAAUUUCGAAGAGCACAAAAAGGGCUUCUGAGUUUGGCGGAACUUUCUUCAAAAGAGAGGUUUUAAUUUUUUGUUCAUUCAGUGAUCACAACAAUUAUAAAAAAAUAUGCGCAAUGCUCUCUUUUUUUGCAGAAUUUGCCACAGACUUUGAAAGCUCCAUCGCAAUUAUACUACAACAAUUAUUCGCCUCAAGAUCAGUAAUAUUCACCUUGCCGUACGCCAAUAAUUGCCAAGUAGAGGAAGAAGUGGGAAAUCCAUGUAGAACCGAUUCUUUUGGUGAAUAAUUUCAAAGAAACCCAUUGUUUGGCCAACCAGAAAAAAACAAAACAAAACAAAACAAAAAAAACAAAAAAAACAAAAAAAAAUGGCUCCUCCCUAAAGCAAAAAUAACAAUUAAUGCACAGCUUAAGCAAUCAAGACCUACAUUUUUCUUGUUACCAUUAAUUUUUUGUAUUGUUUCGCUUUGUUUGUCUUUCAUAUUAUUUGGUUUUGUAUUGUGUUUCAUGUUAUUUAACGUCGCAUUAUUUAUAAAUAUUUUGAUCUGUUUUGAUUUGCUGUUAUUUUUCGCUUAAGGGUCAGGAUGAAAUUUAUUUGAACCCCCUGUAACAGCGAGCGCGUUAUCUUUUUAACUCAGAGUUCUUAUUUUCACAGCUAACACACAGCAUCUGUUUGAAACAAAAACGUAGUAAAUAAAAGCUUAGUUAACUAAGAUUAAUAAAUUACAAACAAAAAUGAAUACAAAACGAAACGGAAAUACUUACCUUCCUAACGCGUGAUAUGUAAUUGGAAUAGCAAAGGAUUUUAAGUUGAAGAAAACAGUGAACUGCGCCAAGCGCGACUUUCGGUAAACUGAAUAAGAGGGGGGGGGGGGAUUUCUAAAUAAAAUGCGGUGCUGCGUCGGUGGGAGAGUGCAACAAAUUAAUUUAGUUUUAUCAACCUAGUUGAUAACGUAAAUUGGCUACCGUAAAGAGUUUAAAAGCUUGACGUUUCGAGCGCUAGCCCUUCAUCAAGGCUCCGACGAAGGGCUAACGCUCGAAAAGUCACUUUUAAACUCUUAACGGGGGCCAUUUUAGGUAAACUGACGUAGAAAAAUGAUUACGCAUAAAAAAUAGAAGACGAUUGCGUAAUUACGUGCGGUAAGAAAAAUAUCCAAGUAAGACAAAUAAGAUGUAACUAAAGAAGGAAAAUGAUGAGAAAUAUAACAAAAAAUACUCACAAGGAGAUAUGUAAAAUAAAGGAAACAAAUUAAUAUACAAAUACAAAAUUGCACAAAAGUAAUUAGCAAACAAUUUAGAUCUUACUUCACACAUAAGGUUUUAAUAUUCUAAUGAUCUUCCCGCACUUCAUCAAAAGUUAAUCAGUUGCCAGUCAAUAUUCUUAGUCAUGUCUCCCCCUUUAAACUCUGUUGGUGAUGACUAAUACCCCUCGUGUGUUCCCCCCCCUCCAGAAUCCUCCUUUCCCUUUCCCCCCCUCCCGCCCUUCCAAGUAAUCAACAAUCACUAACCCCUAAUUCUUUAAAAAAUCUAGCAUAGCUCAGCGAAAAGGCUUAUAACAGUGCUCACAGAUAUUUUAUGUGACAAUACGGCGGUAUGAUCGUAUAAAUGAAACUGUGAGGAAAAGUGUGCGGAUUCAUUUAGGGUUUAUUAUGACCAAGGUGAUAAACCGAAAAACAUCUUGCUUUUUCUCGUCGUCUUCAACAUUCAUGUUUUCUCUUUCAUGGUACAGAAGAAGUUAUUGAUGAUGCUCAAGAUCCAUUUGAAAAAGUGGACUGUAUUAACACUUAUGGCUCUUACAAUCGUACCUGUGAAGGUGACUAUAUUAGACCCCUUCAGCCAUACAAGGACCUGAAUGCGAACUUAACCAAAACUAAUAUCUCCCCCUUAACUGCUCAGGUAAGCAGAGAUACACAGGAGACAGUCGUUAAAAGAAACUUCAUGUUAACUUAUAUAUAGACUCAACUGGCAGAGUAUCCAAUUGCAGUAACUCGAAUCUUAAGGGGCCACUCGGGUUACUUCGUUCUAUGCUCGUUCAAAUCAUACUCUUUUUUUUUCUUUAUCGAGUACGUUCUUUUCACAAUACUGACGUACGAUCGCAAUUAUUUUCAUGCCAUCCAAAUGGUACACUGUCAUUUUAAUACCUUCCGUACUACAACUCAAGUUCCCCAGACUUGCAUUCUUGAAUAUGUCAGGAAUGUUUAUCAUCAGUUUUCUCGAAUAUCAUCCGAAAAUGAAAUCGAUGUAAUUAAAAAUUGUGAAACAGCUUUAAACUUGGUUUUACUAAAUACGGGCGUGGUAUUUUCCUUAGAACUUAUGGAGCCUUAACAAUCAUUGCUUUCCCAGAGAACUCUAACAACUAAGGAAUAAUGAUGACAAUGAUUUGCAAUUAUCGGUCAAUCUUUUAGUCGACCCACGUGUAAAUUACAAAGUCCUGAGUAAUGAGGACGGAAGGAGCACUUACGUCACAGUCUUCAAUGAAUUUUUUUGUGAGAAUGUAUUCUGAGGAUAGGUUCUAAUUUAUGAUCUUCGGAUCAAAAACCAAAUAUUUAAAAAACGGAUGCAAGAGGGCGCCUUUUUUUAGUCUCGAUGGGGACAGGUUCUAAUUUACGAUCUUCGAAUCAAAAACCAAAUAUUUAAAAAACAGAUGCAAGAGGGCACUUUUUGUAGUCCCGAUCCUUAUCAGUGCUGAUAGGUUAAAACGAGAGAAAAACAGGAAACAAAACAAAAACGAAAAAAAAAUAAAUAAAUAAAACAUAAAACCAUAAAGGAGAGGAAGAGGAAGGGAGGGGAGCGAGUGUUCGCGGGAAAGAAUGAUGGGAAAACCAUUGUUAUCCAUAGUAUCUAAGAAAAUUAAUGGCUUCCUCUCGGCCUAAAUCUAAUUAUGCUAUUGUAAAGUUUAGGGCCACUUUUAAAGGAAGUAAGCUCGCUGGAGUUGCUCAAUUCCUGAUUUGUUGCAAUUGUAUAUAUUAUGUGUACAUGAUUUCAAUAUUCUAAAGAAAAAAAUCUACGUUUUAACCACGUGUCGUCUUUGAAAUUUUCUGUUAUCUUCCAAGCGAGUUUCUUUUUAGAAUAAAUUUGACUGGGAGAGAAAGAUACAUUAACGAUGUUUAGAGUUCGAGUGGUUACGAAAAAUUAACGUUUUUGUUCGGAACAAAAACACCCAACGAAGUACGUACAGACUAGCUUAAAGUUGGAAGUCCUGGGAUUUCAACACCGCGAUGACAAAAUUACUGAAAAGUUGAAACCGGAUGCCUUGGAAAACUUUUCUCGGUGUUUACGUAACAGUUCGCUGGUAAGAUGGGAUGGAAUUACAAACGUAAUAACCUUCGUGUACUGUUUACUGCCAUGAAGCGAAUGCAAACGGAGAAAGAGUGCAAAUACUCAUACUCCUCUUUUUAAACAGGAUUAGGAAGAUAAAUCAGAAAACGAAUGAGACAACACGGGCUGAAGUCCAAUUUCAUUUCAAAUUUUUUGCUUGUGCGGAUUGUUUCAAACGAAUUGGAGUAGAGCUUUAAGAUGCCAAAUAUAAAUGAUAGUUAUGUUGACAACUGCGGCCUCUACUAAUAAAUUUUAACCACAUCAAUAUACUUCGGUCUGUAUUGUUUUUACUUUUCCUCUACUUUGUUAAGGAAAUUUUAUCAUGAACUUAUAAUUACGGUUCAUUCUAACACCCUGCUAUAUAAAAGUUUACAUGUAUACUCUGCUUAUGUGGGCUGGUUGAAUUACGCAGAACCUACAAUUUUUCUUUUAUUUUUAUUCUUAUUUUUUUUUUAAUUAUUUGUGUUUGUUUUCAAGACAAUUAUUAAAAGUAAAGGUAUAAUGAAAAAAAAAUUCAGCAACCGUUUCUUCAUAAACUCCUGCGCUUAGAAAAUGAAAUAGAGGCAGUGCAUAAUUCAAGGUACGAAUAAAAUGCAUUUUUUGCUUCGCCGCCUUGAUGUUUACAUGCCUGCCGCUCAAAGUUCCCUCAUUAUUUUAAUACCAUCAGUACUGUAAUGUUUCCGUCAUGGCUAAAAAGUCGUUUUCCUUCAGCGUUAGUAGCAUUGCUAUGGCAAGCAGUGUUUGACUUCCCGAACCGAUUAUUUCAUGAAUUCUUGAGUAAAAACCAGGUAAAUCAUAAUUUACCCUUUGUUAAGUAUAAGAUGCAAGAAUUAGGAUGAAGACAAUAGCAUAUAAAAUGCUUCGCAAGGUACAUCUUGCAAGCUUCACCACAAUACUCAGCAUUUCCUUGAUUGUUAAUUCCAUAUAUUUCCUACGCUUACUUCGUUCUAAGGCGCCACUGAAACACAUUCAACCAAUUAAAGAUGAAUCUUAAUCAUUGGAAAAUAACUCCACAUGAACUUUAUUCCAACAUUUUGGUCUAUACGUUAUUGCAUUAUUGCAAAAAAAAAAAAAAAAAAAAAAGUCAAGUUAUCGCCUGCCUAGAUGAAGUCUUCCCUAUUUCGUUGAAAACGCGAAUGAGACUAGUCAACAGUUAAAAGAUAACUAUCUGAUUACAACUUGAAUAGUAAACAGGGCCUCAAGAGCGACGCACGCUAACUGAGUUUCCUGACAAAUGCGAGUCUCUUAGCUAAGACAAAUCCCACGUCUUGAAAGCUGUCUUCGAAACAAUUUCACAAUUCUUUUCUGGAACAUUUUCAUGAAUUUAUAUACAGUUCAUCGCCUCAGAAACAAACAAAAACAUAAAAAAAGACUCGUUUAAAAAAUGCUGUCCGUGCAUAAGCUUUAAAGAUUGUCUGAGAGUUUUCACUUUUAGAGACUAAACCGUCCGUGCAGCGGGAUUAAUACAAUUGCAAUUUAAACAAUACAGACUUACGAACUAAAUAUUUGGCUCACGCAACUGAUCCAACGUUUUAUUUCUUUGAUUAAAUUGGAGUUCGAAAUUGCUCUGCCAUUUUUUAAUGGCAUAUCACUCGUAAUGAGAACUUAAACAAUUUUAAGUGUGAAUUGAAAAUUCGAGUACCUUCGACCGAAUAUGUAUAUAAAUAUAUAUAUAUUUUUUAAUUUUAAAUUUCUGUAAUUGAAAAGUAAAAGCAAAACAAAACAAAAGAAAUUCGCGUUUUCCACCGAAGAAUUAGGCAAGCUGGAAAAAACAUAGGAGAUAAUUUAUUAAUGAAGUAAUUUCGUGUCUCAUAGAAAGACAUUAAUAGCUUCUGGUAUAUUUGCCUUGUCUGUCAUCUUGAAAAAAUUUACAAUGUUAAAUGAUAAGGAAAAUAUAUAUUGUUUAUUCUGGUAAAAGUGCGCUUGAACUAUGUUUUGAAACUCCUAAACAGCGCGCGAAGCCGGCUAAAUGUUUCAUGGUGUACAGAUUGUUGCGACGAUUUCAUCUUACGGACGGAAAACAUUGUACUUUUUGUCUAACUUGUGGUGACAAAGCCCUGGGAAGAAGAGCGAACGAUUUGACAAAAAUAGUCGGAAAUUUUGCAAUAAUCUCGAGCCAUUAUUACGUAUUGAUUUAAAUUUUUUUUUAAGACAAGAUAGUAGACAAUUCAAAUAAAUAUGAGUAAUGUUGAAAGAACGCGAGCAAAUUACAAGAACCUGGGUAUCACGAAAAAAAAAAAAUAGUCAUAUUUGCAGCGCCAUUAAUCUAUUUCAACUUCACUGUCGAUGACUGAUUAAAAACUUUCAAGCUCAGAUAUAUUUAGUUAUAUAUUCGCUGUAUUUGGCGUAUCAAUGUAAAUUUGCAUCGCAUUUUGUUUAAUCUGUUUGUCUUCACUGUCAACUUGAAUUUGUAUUGUAGCUGAAAGACCUUGAGGUUCGAGCAAAUCGUUUGUGUUGCGUUUGCUUGAAGUCCGUGAAUUAUGGUCAUUGCGGCUUUCGCGCAAAAUGGAUAUAAACGUUGACAGAAAAAUCAUUUCCAACACGAAUCGCCAGUAUUUGGUCCAAGACUUCCCCGUGGCAAAAGUAAGUUUUCAAACCAAAAUUACGCUACAGUUUGAUGAAAGUCAAAACCAUUUUUGCCGGACUUCCCUUGAAUUCUUACUGAAGUCCAUCGUUUUUCUCUCAAAUUAAUCUGCAUUACGUUUGUUUGACAUGAAUUACAAAAUGGAUCUAUAAUUAUAAUGCCUUUUGCACCCGACGCAAGAGGCGACACUCUUAAGGAAUUAAUACUAACAUUUUAGAGUCCAAAACGCAUUCUCCAGGCAAUCCGUUCCAUUACGUUAAAUUCUUUGCCGGCUAUUAUUUUACCAAUUUAGUCUUUUUUUGUGUGUGCGUGUGUGUGUGGUGUUUUUUUUUAAAUUUUUAAAAUUUUUUUUUUUUUUUAUGUGCGAAGAACCUAAACAGGAAGAGGGAAGUUCAUUUCUAAUAUUAAUGAUCAUCUUGGCUUGAAACCAACAGCUUCUAUCGUAACCAUAGCUACCAGACAGUAAUAAAAGAAAACGCGUUUGGCUCACUAACACUAGAGUUGGGCACCAAAGAACGUUGGAUCUUUGAAGGUAAGAAAUGAUUGUACUUAAUGAAGGAAUAACUUGAGUUUGACUUUUAUCCCAUGACAAGAUUUGAUAUCCAUCCUUAACUCCUCUAGUUCUGUGCGGUUGAAAUAAAAAGAAAAUGAAAUUUACCGAGCUUCCAAAUAUGGGUGUCAAGAUCAUUAUCCUUAAUUUUUAAUUUUCUUCAACGUGUUUACUUUUGAACCUUUACUCAGCGAUAUUUGUUUUUUGUUUAUAAUGACACUACUUCUCGAAAUUGUAGUUCCAUCAUUAACGUAAAUAGAGAAAAGUGCCAAAUUAUAAAAAGUCAGUGCUGGCGGUUCGAAGCUCGUCACAAAUUGUGAAACUCGAAACGACGGGAAAUUCCAUAGAGCGAUGACAGAAGAUUUAAAACAGUGACAAAGCCCGCUGUUUGGGUUCAAUUUGCGGUAAAGAAAAAUAGAGUUGAUGACAAAAAUCUCCUUCAUUUGAAAUAUACAACUUCCCAAAAAUUAUGGGUUUUUUUUUUCUGUGCUUAUAAAGAUUUCCUUUCACAAAUUGUUUUGUCCUGUGCCCAAAUUAAACUGAUAUGCAGCUCGUUUGAAUCCCGUUCAUAUUAUGACAGAAGUGAUGAUUUGAAAUAGAAGGACCUUGAAAAAUAUGGAAGUUAAUUUGCAAGGCUCCCAAUAGUGAUGAGUCGGGAACUAAUUGUUGACCUGCAGGUCUCGCUUACCUUAAGUCUGCAGCAAUUUUAUCUAUUAUCAAUUAUAGUUUAAAAGAUAUUCCAAUGAGCGCCUUUGAAGCCAAAUACAAUACUGGAUGGUUCGGCUGAAUCCAAUCCUUAAUUACGGCACACCCUUUCUAAAUAUCAAUAUAUUUUUUAAUCUUUUCUCAGUGAUAUUUCUUUAAGUUUAUAGUUACACCCCUUUUCGAAACCGUAGUUCCAUCAUUACCGUAAAUAGAGAAAAGUGCCAAAUCAUGAAAAAGUCAGUGCUGGCCGUUCCAAGCUCGUCACAAAUUGCGACACUAGAAACGACAGGAAAUUCCAAAGAGCGAUGAGAGAGGAUUUAAUGCCGUGACGAAGCCCGCUGUUUGUAGACAUUAAUGGUAUUUUGCGUUCCUGUAUUAUUUCGAAUAAUUAGGAGGGCCAAACGAGAAAAAUAUUUUGCUCGACGUAGUGAAGUAGGUGGUCCAUCAGAGAACGUGACUUAUUUCAUUAUUUCAGAUUCAUUUCAAGAUGAAGUGUAAAUAAAGAAUUCGUGUUUUUAAAAAAUUAAAGCGAACUGUGCAAGUGCAGGGUUAACGUCUUUUCGACGGAUAAGGUUACUCCAACCUGUUUGGUCCUUCACACCGAUUACCAUAUUUAAUGAGAUUUCUUUUCGUCAAUUAUCGACGCUUGAGUCAAUCUUGAAAGGAGCGUUCCCCUAAGAGUGAAAAAAAAAACAAAAAAACAAAAAAAAAACGCUGAAUCUAUCUAUCUUGAAAAUUUUAAGGUGUUAUUUCUCAGAAACCCGAGGGAACUUGGUUUUUUAUUUGACUGCAUUAUCUAAGCAUGUUCACCUAUUGUUCUUAAGAAUAUGUUUAUAAUUUUAUUGUCUUAGACGCAAACUACGAAUCGUUUUCUAUCCCCAUAUUCAUACUUCAGCCCGUGUUAUCUUAUUUCCCAUCACUCUUUAUUUCUAUUUCGCUCUUAGCCAACUUAAGCGAAGUAAUUUUUAUAGACGAACAAUGCUGGAAUUUGGAACAAACCACUCUUUCUGGUUUUAAGAAAUUGUUUAUAAAAAUAGGGUAGCCGGUCUCAUAAGCUUUUAGCCAUUUUGUGGAAUCGAAAAAAUCUUCCAAGUGAUAAUUUUCGAAGAGGAGGCUUCAAAACUUGCCAAAUAACAAAUAGCUUGAUUCAGAUGAUCCUUAAAAACUUUUGCACAGAAGCUUCACGCAAUUUUCAAGUCUUUUGUUCUUCAAAAAUUAAUCUCACAGCAAGGAUACCCUAGACUGAAAUUUAUUCAAGUAUAUAUUAUUCAGCGUUUUAAAACGCUGUUGCUGUGAUCAUUGUUAUUCAACAGUAGAAAAAUUAUGUAGGUGGACGUUUUCCGAAAUGACAAAAAAUAAAUGAAGAACUGAAAACGAUGGAAAGGUAAACGAGUUCUUUUUAGAAAACAAAUGACGGAAAUAAAGAGUUGACCAUAUUCACCAUAGCUAAGCAACUCUAACAACCUACGUUGGCUAGCACAAGUAAGAAUUUAAAAAUGUCAUUCUAGAUUCAUACAUUUAGAAAACUUUUCAAAACUAAUAUAAAUCUGCUCACUAACGCAAGAAAAGAAUGUUUAUUUUUUUUCGGCCUCAAUUCGCAUGAAUUUCCCCUGCUCAUAAUGACCGUUCGAAGAAAAGAGACACGACAAACCUCUUUAGUUAUACAUUCCUUUAAUAGAUACUCAAUAGUCAAGAAACUGUUUAUUGAAACUGGUGCUUGAUUUUGUCAUGUAUAUGUCAUUUCGUGCAUUCGAUCAUUCAGGAGCUUAAUAUCUCAAAAACUCUGACCAGGGAUGAUCUUCUUUGAAGGAUACCCUAUUAUCUCACCCUUAUUUUCCUUAGAAACUUGGACUGUACUAGAGACCUAAUUACCUUCUUGGACUGAAAUCGCUGAUAUAAUGCAGAGGGAGCACAAUAGGAUUUUACGGGGGUCAGUGAUUAUAUAAUUAUAGCGCCUGACCACAGGGGACACUUUCAAUAAAUUAAUAAUAACAAAUUAUAGUCCAAGACGCAUGACUCAAGUCAAUCCUUUGCGUUAGGUUAAAAUUUUCACCUGGUAUUUUUUUCACUAGUUUACCUUUUUGGUGCAAAGAACCCAAACAGGAAGAGGGAAGUUUAUCUCUAAUAUUAAUGAUCAUCUUGGCAUAAAACCAACAGAUUCUAUCGUAACCAUAGCUACCUGACAGUAAUAAAAGAAAACGCGUUUGGCUCAAUAACACUAAAGUUGGGCACCAAAGAACGUUGGAUCUUUGAAGGUAAGAAACGAUCAUACCUAAAGCAUAUAUAACUUGAGUUUGACUUUCAUUCCAUGAUAUAAAUUGGAUAUCCACCCUUGACUCCUCUAUUUCUGUGUAGUUGAAAUCAAGCGAAAAUGAAAUUUACCGAGCUUCCAAAUAUGGGUAUAAAAACAUUUGGCAUGAAAACAGCUUCAGCUAAUUGAAAUAAACAAGAUAGUUUCCUACAACGGGAUUCCUUUUUGAGCCUUUUUUGAGUGAUAUUUCUUUAAGUUUAUAAUUACACCCCUUCUCGAAAUUGUAGUUUCAUCAUUACCGUAAAUAGAGAAAAGUGCCAAAUUAUGAAAAGGUCAGUGCUGGCUGUUCCAAGCUCAUCACAAAUUGUGAAACUGGAAAUGACAGGAAAUUCCAAAUAGCGAUGAGAGGGGAUUUAAUGCUGUGACGAAGCCCGCUGUCUGGGUUCAAAUUACAAUAAAAAAAAUAUAGAGUUAAUGACAAAAAUCUUCUUUAUUUGAAAUAUCCAACUUGUCAAAAACUAUGGCUGUUUUUUCUCUCUGUAUUUAUAAAGAUUUCCUUUCAAAAAUGAUUUUGUCUCAUCCACCAAAAUUGUUGAUUUUGAAAUAGAAGAACCUUGAAAAAUAUGGAAGUUGAUUUGCAUGGCUCCUAAUCAGAAAUACGAGUCGGGAACUAAUUGUUGGCUCACAGGUCCCGUUAAGUCUUUAGCAGUUUUAUCUAACGAAGGAAAAUCUGAAAAUAUUUUAUAAUUUAGAAGGUAUUCCAAUGAAGCCCUUGGAGGCCAAAUCCGAUACUGAAUGGUUUGGCUGAAUCAAAUCAUAAAUUACAGCACACCUUUUCCAAAUAUCAAUUUGCUAUUAUCCUUGAGGUGGAGGUGGCGCUUAAAACAACACUCAGAGCAUCGUCUCAGCAAGACUCUGGACUAAGUAUAACAACUGUAUUGUGCUCAAUCAUUAUAAGAUAUUUGAGGGGUUCUGCCUUGGCACUCUUUAUGCAAUCUUGAUUUAUCGAGACAUUGGUUGUAAGUUGCUGGGCAAAUCUAUGGAAUUUCAGUAGUUUUAGGGGAGAUUUUCUGUUUCUUCAUACUAAAGAGCUUAUUAGAACUCAUCAUUAAUUAAUCUUGAGGUUUAUGAAUGUGAGGGAAGAUAAAAUGACUAAUCACUGAGGACUUCAAAUUGGAAAACCAUCCUUAACUUGUUGCGUUCCUGUAUUGCUUAUAGUAAGUAGAAGGUUGAAACACGAUGUAGUUAAGUGGGUGCUGUCAAAAUCCAUUAAAGAACGUGGCUUAUUUUAUCAUUUCUGAUCUAUUUCAAGAUAUAAUCUAAAUUAAGACUUCAUGUUUUUGGAAAAUGAAAGUAAACUGUGCGAAUGCAGGGCUAAUCUUUUCUUUUGGCGGAUAAGUCUACGCCAACCUGUCUGUUCCUACACACCGAUUACCAUUAUCCGUAUGAUUUCAUGAGCCCGGAAUGUCGGUACAUGAGAUUUUUAUAUUUCUAUCGCCAUGUUUUGCGAUUAUUGCUUUUUGUCAAUUUUUGACGCUUCGAUCAAUUUUAGGAAAUGUUUUCCCCUGGUGAUUAAAAAAAAAAAAAAAAAAAAAAACGCUGAAUCCAUGGAUCGAUUUUGUAACUUUGAAGGUGUUGUUUCUCAGAAACUCGACGGAACUUGACUUUUAUGCAGUAACGGAGUAUGUUUACCUAAUGUUCUCAAGAAUAUGUUUAUAAUGUUAUUUCCUUAAACACACUCCAUUGACAAUAGUUAUGGAGCAAUUGAAGUUAAUGUUAUGGAAAUUUGAGUGGCAAAAUGUCUGAGUCUAAUAUGAAGGUAAACACCGAUAGAAUCGUAGCUCGCCAAAUCCAAAGUCUUUCCAUAUAUCCCAAACGCGUGCCAACGCAUUUUAUUUGCUUCAAUCAUUCCAAUGGGUGUGGACUGACUGCUAUUAAUUUUUUUAACAUCCCAUAUUCAAUAGAAAAGGGUCGGUAUCUAUCACUUAACCAAUUAUCGAAUGCAGGUGGUGUUAUUUCUGUUUAAAAAUAAUUCAUUUCAGCUCGUGUUAUUUCCCAUCACUCUUUAUUUUUAUUUUGGUGAUUCACUACAGUUGAUGCUCUGAGCUUAUAACUGGUCAUUGUGACAAAACUAAAAUCCUGAACUCAACGAACAUGAUUUUUAAGGGAAGGAACCUUAGUCUUGUAAACUUGUUUUGUUGACAUCAAUGGUAUUUCGCAAGGGUGUGUUAUUAUAAUGAGCCAUCGACAGUCUUCGUACAAUCCUGAUGCAUCGAGGCAUAGGUCGUAAUUUUCUCGGCAAAUUUAUUGAAUUUCUGUAUUUUAAGAUCAGUCGUUUACGAGAGAUUUUCUGUUUGUUCAAUCUAAAGAGCUUAUUAGAACUCAUCUUUUAUUGAUUUUGACGUUAAUGAAUGUGAGGGAAGAUGAAAUAACUUAUCAAUUUGGACUUAAAAUUAAUUUAGUUUUGUGCGUCCCUGUAUUGUUUCGAAUAAUUAGGAGGGCAAAACGAUAAUAUAUAUAUAUAAUAUAUAUAACUACAAACACGAUAUUCGAAAUUCAAAAAAGAGUUUCCCUCAUUAAUUUCCUCGAAUUAGAACAAGAGGCUCACAAUCCAUCAAAGAGCGUGACUUAUUUUAUAAUAUCAGAUUCAUUUCAAGAUAAAGUCUUUUAAAAGUAAGAAUUCAUGUUUUUGGAAAAUGAAAGCGAACUGUGCGAGUGCAAGGUUAACGUCUUUUCGGCGAAUAAGGUUAUGACAACCUGUCUGGUCCUUCACACCGAUUAUCAUAUUUUGUGAGAAUUUUCUUUUCGUCAAUUAUCGACGAUUCAGUCAAUCUUGUUAGGGGUUUUCCCCUGAGAGUGAAAAAAAAAACAAACAAACAAACAAACCAACAAACAAACGCUGAAUCUAUGGAUCGAUCUUAAAAAUUUCAAGAUAUUGUUUCUCAGAAACUCGAGUGAACUUGGCUUUUUAUGUGACUGAAUUAUCUAGGCAUAUCCACCUAAUGUUCUUAAGUAUAUGUUUAUAAUGUUGUUGUCUUAAACAGAAACUACGAAUCGUUUUCUAUCCCCGUUUUAUCUUAUUUCCCAUCAUACUUUAUUUCUACUUCGAUGGUUGACAACAGUUGAAGCACUUGGGCUUAUAAGGUGUCGUAUGACAAGACUAAAAACUUGAGCCUAACAAGCGUGAUUUUAAAGGGAAGGAACCUUAGUCUUGUAAACUUGUUUUGUAGAAAUCAAUGGUAUUUAGCAAGGGUGUGUUAUUAUAAUGCGCCAAAUCGGAAAUUUGCAGAAGUAUUUUGUUACAAAAAAAAAGAACUGCUACGGUGAAGAAUUGCUUCAUUCAAAACCACUUCAAUCCUAACGCUCAGCUCAUAUUUACAUGGGCGAGUAAUCGAUUCCAUCAAAAAAUAUUUCGUUGUUGGUUCACAGACGGGAAUUCGCUAAUUUGCAUGGAAGAAAAAAUGGCCGCUCUCAGCCAACUUAAGCGAAGUCAUUUUUUAUAGACGAACAAUGCUGGCAUUUGGAACAAACCACUCUUUCUGGUAGCCGGUCUCAUAAGCUUUUAGCCAUUUUGUGGAAUUGAAAAAAGUCUCCCCAGAGUUAAUUUUUGAAGUGUAGGCUUUUAAACUUGCCAAAUAACAAAUAGUUUGAUUGAGAUGAUCCUUAAAAAACUUUUGCACAGAAGCUUCAUGCAAUUUUCAAACUUUUUGUUUUUCCAAAAUUAAUCUCAUAGCAAGGAUCUCAUAGACUGAAAUUAUUAAAGUUUAUAUUAUUCAGUGUUUUUAAAACGAUGUAGCUGUAAUCAAUAUUUUUCAACUUCUGAAAAAAUGAUGUAGGCGGACGUUUUUUUUCGAAAUAAGAAACAAAAAAAAAUGAAUGACUGAAAACGAUGACAGAUUAAUGAGUUGUUUUAAGAAAACAAGUAUCGGAAAUAUAGAGAUGAUUAUAUUCACCAUAGCUAAGCAAUUCUAACAACCUACGUUGGCUAACAAAAAGUAAAAAUUUUAAAAUGUUAUUUUGGGUUUGUACGUUUCGAAACUUCGAAAACUGAAAUAAAUCUGCCCAUUGAUGAAAGAUUUUUUCGGCUUCAAUUCGCACAAAUUUCCUCUGUUCACGAUAACCGUUCGAAGAAAAAAGCCACAGGGAACCUCUUCACUAAUACAUUUCUUUAAUAAACCCUCAAUAGUCAAGCAACUGUUUAUUGAAACUGGUGCUUGACUUUGUCAUAUAUAUGUAAUUCCGUGCAUUCGAUCAUUCAGGUGCUUAAUAUCUCAUACACUUUGACCAGUGAUAAUCUUCUUUGAAGGAUACCCUAGUAUAUCGCCCUCAUUUUCCUUAGAAACUUGGACCGUACAGGAGACUUAAUUACCUUCUUCGACUGAACUCGCUAAUGUAAUGCAGAAGGAGCACAAUAGGACUUUAUAGGCGUCAGUCAUUAUAUAAAUAUAACGCCUUUGGCACUGGACCACAGACGACUCUUUCAAAGAAUUAAUAAUAACAAUUUAUAGUCCAAGACGCAUGACUCCAGUCAAUCUGUUGCAUUAGGUUCAAUUUUUCACCUAGUAUUAUUUUACGAGUCUAGCUUUUGGUGCAAAGAGCCCAAACAGGAAGAAAGCAGUUCAUUUCUAAUAUUAAUAUUCAUCUUGGCUUGAAACCAACAGUUGCUAUCGUAACCAUACCUAUCAGACAGUAAUAAAAGAAAACACGUUUGGCUCAAUGACACUAAAGUUGGGCACCAAAGAACGUUGAAUCUUUGAGGGUAUGAAGUGAUAUAUUUAAUGCAUGGAUAACUUGAGUUUGACUUUUAUUCCAUGAUAUAAAUUGAAUAUCCACUCUUAACUUCUUUAUUUCUGUGUGGCUGAAAUAAAACGAAAAUGAAAAAUACCGAGCUUUCAAAUGUGGAUAUAACAAACUUUUUGCGAAAAAACAGCCUCAGCUAUUUGAAAUAAACAAGAUCAUAGUCCUUAAUUUUAGUUUCCUACAAGGGUUUACUUCUUAAACCUUUUCUCGGCGAUAUUUGUUUAUGGUUAUAAUGACACCCCAUGUAGAAAUUGUAGUUCCAUCAUUACCGUAAAUAGAGAAAAGUGCCAAAUUAUAAAAAGUCAAUGCUGGCGGUUCCAAGCUCGUCGCAAAUUGUGAAACUCGAAACGACAGGAAAUUCCAUAAAGUGAUAAGAGAGGUAUUAAUGCAGUGACGAAGCCCGCUGUUUGAGUUCAAUUUACGGUAAAGAAAAAUAGAGUUGAUGACAAAAAUCUUCUUUAUUUGAAAUAUCUAACUUGCCAAAUAUUACGGUUGUUUUUUUCUGUACUUGGAAAGAUUUCCUCUCACAGAUUGUUUUGUUCUAUCCCUCAACUUAGACCAAUAUGCAGCUCGUUUGAAUUCCGUUCAUAUUGUGACAAAAGUGAUGAUUUUGAACAAGAAGAACCUCGAUAAAAUAUGGAAGUUGAUUUACUUGGCUUCCAAUCAGAAAAAUAAGUCGGGAACCAAAUGUUGGCUCACAUGUCUCUUUAACCUUAAGUCUGCAACAAUUUUAUCUAACGGAGGAAAACCUGAAAAUGUCUUAUAAUUUAAAAGUUCUUCCAAUGAAGGCAUUGGAAGCCAGAUCCGAUACUGAAUGGUUUGGAUGAAUCCAAUCAUAAAUUACGGUACACCUUUUCCAAACAUCAAUUUGCUAUUAUCUUUGAGAUGAGAAUGGUGUUUAAAACAACAUUCAGGGGUUCUCCUUCGACAAUCUUUAUUCAAUCCUGAUGUAUCGAGACAUAGGUCGUUAGUUGCUCAGAAAAUUUUUGAUAUUUUUGUUGUUUAAUAUCCACCAUCUACGGGAGAUUUAUUUUUUGUUCAAACUAAAGAGCUUAUUAGAACUCGUCAUUAAUCAAUCUUGACGUUAACGAAUGUCGGGGAAGAUGAAAUGGCUAAUAACUUAGGACUUCAAAUUAUUGCGUUCCUGUAUUAUUUCGAGUAAGUAGGAGGGCCAAACGAGAAAAUAUUUUGCUCGCUGUAGUGAAGUGGGAGGUACAGCUUAAUAACUUCAAACACGAUAUUCUAAAUUCAAAAAGGAGUUUCUCCUAUUCAUUUCGUCGAAUUAGAACAAGAGACUAACAAUCUAUCCCAGAACGUGGCUUAUUUUAUAAUUUCAGACAUAUUUCAAGAUACAGUCUUAAUUAAGAAUUCCUGUUUUUGGAAAAUGAAAGCUUACUGUGCGAGUGUUUUUUUUUUUUUUGGCGGAUAAGGUUACGCCAGCCUGUCUGCUCCUACAAACCGAUUAUCAUUAUCCGCAGGAUUUCGUGAGCGAGACUUUCGGUACAUAAGAUCUAUUUUUAUUACCAUAUUUUUGUGAGAAUUUUCUUUUCGUCAAUUAUUGACGCUUCAAUUAAACUUGUAAGGAGUUUCCCCUGAUAAUGAAACAAAAAACAAAACAAAACAAAACAAACACACAAACGAAGAAACGUUGAAUUUAUGGAUCGAUCUUGAAAAUUGGGAGUUCUAAGAAACUCAAGGGAACUUGGCUUUUUAUGUGACUGCAUUAUUGGAAUAUGUUCACCUAAUGUUCUUAAGAACAUCAAAACGAGAAAAACGAGAAUAUAUUUUGUUCGAUGUAGUGAAGUGGGUGGUACAGCUUAACAACUACAAACACGAUAUUCGAAAUUCAAAAAAGAGUUUCUCUUAUUAAUUUCGCUGAAUUAGAACAAAGGACUCACAAUCCAUUAAAGAAUGUGACUUAUUUUAUAAUUUCAGAUUUAUUUCAAGAUGAAGUCUAAAUUAAGAAUUCAUGCUUUUGGAAAAUGAAGCGAACUGUGCGAGUGCAAGGGUUCACGUCUUUUUCGGCGGAUAAUGUUAUGACAACCUGUCUGGUCCUUCACACCGAUUACCAUAUUUUAUAAGAAUUUUCUUUUCGUCAAUUAUCGACGCUUCAGUCAACCUUGUGAGGGGUUUUCCCCUGAAAGUGAAAACAAAAAACAAAAAAAAAAACAAAAAACGAAACGCUGAAUCUAUGGAUCGAUCUUGAAAAUUUCAAGGUGUUGUUUCUCAGAAACUCGAGAGAACUUGGCUUUUUAUCUGACUGCAUUAUCUAGGCAUGUUCACCUAAUGUUCUUAAGAAUGUUUACAAUGUUGUUUAAACGGAAACUACGAAUCGUUUUCUAUCCUCAUAUUCAUACUUCAGCCCAUGUUAUCUUAUUUCCCAUCAUACUUUAUUUCUAUUUCGAUGAUUGACAACAGUUGAAGCACUGAGCUUAUAAGGUGUCGUCAUGACAAGACUAAAAACUUGAGCCUAAAAAGCGUGAUUUAAAGGGAAGAAACAUUAAUCUUGUGAACUUGUUUUGUAGAUAUCAAUGGCAUUUAGCAAGGGUAUGUUAUUAUAAUGCACCACAUCGGAAAUUUGCAGAAGUAUUUUGUUACAAAAAAAAAGAACUGCUACGGUGAAGAAUUAUUUUAUUCAAAACCACUUCAAUCCUAACGCUCAGCUCAUAUUUACAUGGACGGGAAAUCAAUUCUAUCAAAAAUAUUUCGUUGUUGUUUCGCAGACGGGAAUUCGCUAAUUUGCAUGAAAGAAAAAUUGGCCACUCUCAGCCAACUUAAGCUAAGUCAUUUUUAGAAACGAACAAUGCUGCCAUUUAGAACAAACCGCUCUCUCUGGUUUUAAGACAUUGUUUAUAAAAAAAAGGGUAGCCGGUCUCAUAAGCUUUUAACCAUUUUGUGGAAUUGAAAAAAGUCUUCUAAGAGCUAACUUUUGAAGUGUAGGCUUUUAAACUUGCCAAAUAACAAAUAGCUUGAUUGCGAUGAUCCUUAAAAAACUUUCGCACAGAAGCUUCGUGCAAUUUUCAAACUUUUUGUUUUUCCAAAAUUAAUAUCACAGCAAGGAUCCCCUAGACUGAAAUUAUUCACGUUUAUAUUAUUUAGUGUUUUAAAACGAUGUAGCUCUAAUCAAUAUUUUUCAACUUCUGAAAAAUGAUGUAGGCGGACGUUUUUUUUCGAAAUAAGAAACAAAAAAUGAAUGACUAAAAACGAUGAUAGAUAAAUGAUUUGUUUGAAGAAAACAAGUAACGGAAAAAUAGACAUGAUUAUAUUCACCAUAGCUAAGCAAUUCUAACAACCUACGUCGGCUAGCAAAAGUAAAAAAUUUAAAAUGUUAUUCUGGGUUGGUACGUUUCGAAUCUUCGAAAACUGAAAUAAAUCUGCCCAUUGACGCAAGACAAGAACGUUUUUUUUCGGCUUCAAUUCGCAUGAAUUUCCUCCGUUCAUGAUAAUCGUUCGAAGAAAAAAGCCACAGGGAACCUCUUCACUAAUACAUUUCUUUAAUAAACCCUCAAUAGUCAAGCAACUGUUUAUUGAAACUGGUGCUUGACUUUGUCAUAUAUAUGUAAUUCCGUGCAUUCGAUCAUUCAGGUGCUUAAUAUCUCAUACACUUGGACCAAGCAUGAUCUUCUUUGAAGGAUACCCUAGUAUAUCGCCCUCAUUUUCCUUAGAAACUUGGACCGUACAGGAGACUUAAUUACCUUCUUAGACUGAACUCGCUAAUGUAAUGCAGAAGGAGCACAAUAGAAUUUUACGGGGGUCAGUCAUUAUAUAAAUAUAACGCCUUUGGCACCUGACCACAGACGACACUUUCAAAGAAUUAAUAAUAACAAUUUACAGUCCAAGACGCAUGGCUCCAGUCAUUCCGUUGCAUUAGGUUAAAUUUUUCACCUGGUAUUAUUUUAGCAAUUUAGCUUUUUGUGCAAAGAGCCUAAACAGGAAGAGGGAAGUUAAUUUCUAGUAUUAAUGGUCCUCUUGGCUUGAAACCAACAGUUUCUAUCGUAACCAUAGCUACAGCUCAUUAGGGGUUUUCCCCUGAGAGUGAAAAGAAAUUUAUUUCGAUGGUUGACAACAGUUGAAGCACUGAGCCUAUAAGGUCUCGUAUGCCAAGACUAAAAACUUGAGCCUAACAAGCGUGACUUUAAAGGGAAGAAACAUUAAUCUUGUGAACUUGUUUUUCAAGGGUGUGUUAUUAUAAUACGCCACAUCGGAAAUUUGCAGAAGUAUUUUGUUACAAAAAAAACUGUUACGGUGAAGAAUUGCUUCAUUCAAAACCACUUCAAUCCUAACGCUCAGCUCAUAUCUACAUGGACGAGAAAUCAAUUCUAUCAAAAAUAUUUCGUUGUUGUUUCGCAGACGGGAAUUCGCUAAUUUGCAUGGAAGAAAAAUUGGCCGCUCUCAGCCAACUUAAGCGAAGUCAUUUUUAUAGACGAACAAUGCUGGCAUUUGGAACAAACCACUCUUUCUGGUUUUAAGACAUUGUUUAUAAAAAAAAGGGUAGCCGGUCUCAUAAGCUUUUAGCCAUUUUGUGGAAUUGAAAAAAGUCUUCCAAGAGUUAAUUUUUGAAGUGUAGGCUUUUAAACUUGCCAAAUUACAAAUAGCUUAAAAAGUUUUUGCACAGAAGCUUAGUGCAAUUUUCAAACUUUUUUUUUUCCGAAAUUAAUAUCACAGCAGUGAUAGUGGGAGGUACAAUUAAUUAAUUUUUGAAGUGUAGGCUUUUAAACUUGCCAAAUAACAAAUAGCUUAAAAGUUUUUGCACAGAAGCUUAGUGCAAUUUUCAAACUUUUUUUUUCCGAAAUUAAUAUCACAGUAGUGAAGUGGGAGGUACAGCUUAACAACUUCAAACACGAUAUUCUAAAUUCAAAAAGGAGUUUCUCUUAUUCAUUUCGUCGAAUUAGAACGAGAGACUGGCAUAUUAAAUAAUUUCAGACAUAUUUCAAGAUACAGUCUUAAUAAAGAAUUCGUGUUUUUGGAAAAUGAAAGCUAACUGUGCGAGUGUUUUUUUUUUUUUUUGGCAGAUAAAGUUGCGCCAGCCUGUCUGCUCCUACACACCGAUUACCAUUAUCCGCAGGAUUUCGUGAGCGGGACUUUCGGUACAUAAGAUCUAUUUUUAUUUCCAUAUUUUUGUGAGAAUUUUCUUUUCGUCAAUUACUGACGCUUCAAUUAAACUUGUAAGGAGUUUCCCCAGAGAAUGAAACAAAAAAACAAAACAAAACAAAACAAAACAAACACACAAACGAAGAAACGUUGAAUUCAUGGAUUGAUCUUGAAAAUUGGGAGUUCGCAGAAACUCAAGGGAACUUGGCUUUUUAUGUGACUCUAUGACAUUAUUCACCUAAUGUUCUUAAGAAUAUUUUUAUGAUGUUAUUGUCUUAAACGCACUCCAUUGACUAUAAUUAUGAAGCAAUUGAAGUUAAUGUUAUGGAAAUUUGUGUGGUAAAAUCCCUUUUUCUAAUUUGUUGAUAAAUACCAAUAGAAUCAUAGCCCAUCAAAACCAAAGUGUUUCUAACUGGCACAAAGGAAGACAUUGGAAACGCGUUGAUUCGCAAACUUUAAAACGCCUACCCACGUAUAUUAUUUGCAGGGUCAGGACUGACAGCUGUUAAUUUUGUUAACAUCCCAUUUUUAAUACUAAUAGGUCGGUUUCUAUCACUUAAAUUCAUCAUCAAAUGCAGGUGGUCGACGCGAAAUUUGUGGCACACUGAAAGUAUCAAUACUGAGCUCCGUUGUCUUGAGGAAGCAUGGAAUUUUCAGCGCUUCUAGUAUUCGCAGUCUGGACUUCAUCGACGACUUACCUGACGUUUGGUAAAGGUGAGUUACAAAAUGCGCAUCAUUUUCCAUCCCUAUAUUCAUACUCCAGCCUGUGCUAUCUUAUUUUCCGUCACUCUUUAUUUCUAUUUCGCUGAUUUACAACAGCUGAUGCACUGAGCUUAUUAACGUGUCGUUAUGACAAAAUUAAAAACCUGAAUUCAACAAAGAUGAUUUUUAAAGGAAGGAACCUCAGUCUUGUAAACUUCUUUUGUAGAUAUUAACAUUAUUUAACAAAGGCGUAUUAUUAUGAUGAACCAUAUCGGAAAUUUUCAGUUGUUACAAAAAAAGUAAGAAUUGCUACGAUGAAGAAUUGCUUCGUUCAAAACAACUUCAAUCCUAACCCUCAUCAGCUCAUAUUUACAUGGAAGGAUAAUCAAUUCUAUCAAAAACAUUUCGUUGUUGUGUUGCAGACGGGAAUUCGAUAAUUUGCAUGGAAAAAAAAUUGGCCGCUCUUAGCCAACUUAAGCGAAGUUAUUUUUAUAGAAGGACAAUGGUGGCAUUUGGAAUAGACCAAUUUGUACUGGUUUUAAAUAUUUGUCUAUAAAAAUAGGGUAGCCCGUCUCCAUAUAAUUUAACCAUUGUGUGGGAUUGAAAAAUAAAACCUUUGACGCAAAAUCCUUUUAAAUAUUGCUUUUCGAAUUGGAGGCUUUAAAACUUGCCAAAGAACAAAUAGCUUAAUUGAGAUGAUCCUCAAGGAAACCUUUGCACAGAAGCUGCGUGUAAUUUUCCAAUUUUGCGCUCUUUCAUAAUCAAUAUCCCAGCAAGGAUUCCUUAGACUAAAAUUCAUUUAAUAUAUAUUUUCAGUGUUUUAAAAACUCUGUUGCUGUGAUCAAUAUUUUUCAAUAGCAUAGAAAUGAUUUGGGUAGACUUUAUUCGACAUGAGAAAAACAACUAAUGAAUUAAAACGAUGAACAGAUAAAUGAAUUUUUUCAGAAAACAAAUGAGGGAAAUAAAAAGAUGAUUAUAUUCACCAUAGCUAAGCAAUUCAAACAACUUUCAUUGGCUCGCAAAAGUAAAAGAAAUAAAAUUUCGUUCUACAUUUGCCCGUUUAGAAAACUCUCGAAAACGAAUACAAAUCUGCUCAUUGACGCAAAACAAGAAUGAUUUUUCUCGGCUUAAAUUUGCAUGAAUUCCCUCUGUUCACGAUAGUCGUUCGAAGAAAAGAGCCGCAGGGGAGCUCUUCAGUUAUACAUUUCUCUAAUAAACACUCAAUAGUCAAGCACCUGUUUAUAUAAAGAAAAAAAAAGAAGAAGAAAAACUUUACACUUUUUCACUUUAAGACCAUCUCUGGUCAAAGUUUUUGAGAUAUUAAAGGCUCCUUAUAAAAGAAUUUAAAUUGUGUUCAUUGCACUGAUGAAAAAUGCAUCAAAAAAUGUAAACAUUAAUAAACUCCCUUUGUAGUAGGAAUUUCACAGAGCGUUUGAUGAGCUCAUCUUUUCUAUCGAUAUGAUAGACUCAUCUAAAAACGUACGAGCUUCUUGAAUUGCCAAACUCAUGUGAAACUCGAAAUAUUUGCCAUAAAUGUUCCGUAUCUCAGAAACCCCCAAACUCUCAAAUAAAGGUAUUUUCAUGUUAUUGUUUAAUUGUAGAAAACGGCGAAGCGAUUCACAAAAUUUUCAAUUACAUCUAACGAAUCAUCGUUUUUGAAUAACAUAAUAACAAAAAUUAAUGUUUAUACAAAUUUUUGUGCAUUAGAUCAUUCGGUAUUUCGUUUCUCCUUUUUUUUUCAGAACGCUUGUGACAAGAGUCCCUACUGCGAAAAUAACGCAACUUGCCAGUCUGGAUUUACACUCAAGGGAUAUCGAUGCUUGUGUCCUCCUGGAUUCAAAGGAGAAUAUUGUGAAAAGGGUAUGAGUCUAAGUCAACACUUGAAAUGAACCUCUAUGAGAUUUUUUCUGAUUUUCAAUGCUGGUAUGACAACUGUUCUUUAGUUGCUGAAAGUGGCGUGAAUUUAUCUCAUUGUAUAAGGUGCUGAAUCUUAGAAUCUAAGAAAAAUUUCUUAAUAUAUUCCAUUUAGCGUGUAUAAUGUAUUCUUCGUUCGCUCGUUUGUAUAUUUUAGUUUUGUUUUGUUUUGUCUGCUUGUUUGUUGUUUUUUUGUUUUGUUUUUUGUAUUUGUAUUUGUUUUUGUUUUUUUGUUUUAUUCUUUUAUUUUUUUUAUUUACCUUGAAUGUUCGACGCCUUUCCAAGGCAAAAUAAGAGCAGUUCAUUCGUAUGUCGAGUACUUAAUAAAGUAACUGCGAGGAGAGCUCAGAAAUAAUAGCUUAAUAGAAAGCUACGUACGGCCAGAAAACUACUAAAAGCAGGAAGCUUCAAAUAAAUUGAGGUUUUCGUGAGUUGCUGAGUUGCUGAGUUCCUAUGGCUGUUUGAUAGAAAUCAAAAUGCUUAUAUCUGUAAUGGAUAUUUAUUCAUGUAUUUUUUUUUUUUUGGGUCAUUCUUUCUUUCUAAUUUUACGACAGAUAAAUGUGAGGCAUUCAUUGGCAAAUGUCACAAGGAGGCUACGUGUAAUAACACAAACGGAUCAUACGUGUGCAUAUGCAAAUCUGGAUUUAUCGGAGAUGGGCAUAAUUGUACAGGUAACCUUCAUUAGUCUCAAAAGCCUUUAGAUUCUUGUUGAAUAGUGUAAUGAGAUUUUGUUUGGUUGGUUGUUUGUUGAUGUUUAUUUUGGUAACUUGGCAAGCCAUAUUUUAAUUGUUUGGAAUAGGUGAGACAGUUACCUGACUAAAAGUUAUUAAGAGAUAGGUUUUUUGCGUAGACAACUUUUUUUCAUCAGGUACGACAAUCUCGCGUUCUCGCAAUCCAGCAAAAGAUUGAAAACAGCCACGGCUUGCUCUCUUUAAACACGGUAAUGGCUUAUGCACAACAAUUUUUGCAUAAUUUCGAAAUCCCAUUUUUUUUAAUCUGUGAUUUCAUAGACAUUGACGAGUGUAAAGGAAACCACUCUUGUCACGAGAAUGCAAACUGCACCAACACCAAUGGAUCACACAUAUGCGAUUGUCAGCCUGGAUAUACUGGAAAUGGACAAAGUUGCACAGGUGAAUUCGGAAUAGCAAGGAAAUGCGGUCAUGGAUGAUUUAUUUUAGUUUGUUCUUUCUUUUUUUGUAUAUAUAACGUGUUUUAUGCUCCCCUAGCAAAACAAAAGCAGUUUAAAGCGUAUGCUUUAGAUAACACAGUAAAGGCUUAUGCCACGGCAAUAUUUGCAUAAUUCUGAAAUCCCAUUUUUACAUCUGUGGUUUAAUAGACAUUGACGAGUGUAAAGGAAACCACUCUUGUCAUGAGAAUGCAAACUGCACCAACACCAAUGGAUCACACGUAUGCGAUUGUCAUCCUGGAUAUACUGGAAAUGGACAAAAUUGCACAGGUGAAUUCGGAAUAGCAAGGAAAUGCGGUCAUGGAUGAUUUAUUUUAGUUUGUUCUUUCUUUUUUUGUAUAUAUAACGUGUUUUGUGCUCCCCUAGCAAAACAAAAGCAGUUUAAAGCGUAUGCUUUAGAUAACACAGUAAAGGCUUAUGCCACGGCAAUAUUUGCAUAAUUCUGAAAUCCCAUUUUUACAUCUGUGGUUUCAUAGACAUUGACGAGUGUAGAGGAAACCACUCUUGUCAUGAGAAUGCAAACUGCACCAACACCAAUGGAUCACACGUAUGCGAUUGUCAUCCUGGAUAUACUGGAAAUGGACAAAAUUGCACAGGUAAAUUAGGAAUAGCAAGGAAAUGCGGUCAUGGAUGAUUUAUUUUAGUUCGUUCUUUCUUUUUUUGUAUAUAUAACGUGUUUUGUGCUCCCGUUGCAAAACAAAAGCAGUUUAUAGCGUAUGCUUUAGAUAGUCUUUGCCGUGCCAAAGAAAAAAUUGAAAAAUAGCGGUUUGAAUUGUAGGUCCAACCCAAGAAUCGCAUGAAAAAAAAAAUUUGCAAACGAGUAUUCCACUUUUUUUCACAUACAUGUACAUGUAUGAAUUUUGAAUAAAACACAAAUCCCGUUUUUCAUUCUUUUUUUUUUUUUUUUUUUUUUUUUUUUUUUUGACAGAUAUUGACGAAUGCAAAACAUAUCCCUACAAAUGUCACGUAAAUGCUCUUUGUAAGAACACGCACGGAUCACACGUUUGCACAUGCAAACCUGGAUAUACUGGAGAUGGACGCAACUGUACAGGUACAGUCAAUAAUCUCAGGAGCCUUCAUAUUCGUUUUGACUAUUAUAAUGAAUUUUUGUACGUUGUUGCCGAAGCGGCUAGAGCGCGAACGAAGUGUAGAGAGAAACACUAUACGUAGUCGAGAAGUAUUUGCGUCUCUGCUCACGUUAUGAUCGCGUAAAUUACGGCGCUUGGCAUGUUUUGAAACCUUAAUUUGGUUCUUCUAUGGCGUGACAGUUUUAGGUCAGCCUUAUGUUUUCAGUACUCCGAUAGGGCACGCUUUUUCGACCGAUGACAGCACGCGUUAUAUCCGAACUUUAUCAUAAUUAGUAUUGGAUUAUUUGUAUUACACCACCUUAAAUCAUGUUACAGACCCCUUCAUCAUUGAUGGUUUUUGUGUCUUUCUGCCUUUGGAUGGGCGUUGCAACAAUAAUAGACGACGGCGGGAAACAUUCUUUUGAGUGACAUUCUUUGUAGCUUGAUUUUGACGUACACAUUGCAUUUGACGAACACAUUGCUGCUUAGUUGUAUGUAAACUACGUUAGCUGCGCCUUAAGUUUGCUGAAAGCUGUCUUUUAAUGCGUUAAUGCGUUACACAGAUUCAGAUACUACUUUUCGUAGUUAAUAAAUUUUAUUUCCCAUAUUUAUUUCCUAGCCUCAUGGUCUAAAAAUGUCCCACACAAGUAUUACUUCACCUCCUUUUUUAAUGUAGUUGUCAUUUCUAAGUCCUGUUGUAAUAAUUAUUUCACUUUGUAGCCGAUCCUUGUUAUCAUUAUAAAAACCUGAGUGAUGCCAAUAGAAAGAAAAGUUACAUAACACCUCAAAUAUCAGAGCUGUGUGACACGGAACUCGCUGAGGGAUGGUAUCGUUUUGUGGGAGCUUCAGGAACAAAAAUGCCAACAACGCGUGUGCCAGCAUACAGAUGUGGUACAACCUGGUCAGGCUGGUUGGAUGGUGCUCAUCCAACAGUGGAAGAUGGUAAAGUUCUCAGAAAAGUCUGCUUUAGUGAUCGCUCUACUGGUUGCUACUACUCAAAGAAUAUUUUUGUGAAAAACUGUGGAUCAUACUAUAUCUACGAACUUUUCAAGCCUCAAGUGUGUAGUGUGCGUUACUGUGGUACAGACUGA